AUGGCCACCCACGACACAGGCAUCCACCGUAGACGUCUGUUAAAGAAGAGGAGCGUUGAGGUUCAGCCACCGUGGCUCUGUGGCGGUAGUGUGCGCCAGCCGGCUGCCAUCCUGGACGAGACCCCAGAAAAGGGCCUUCAUCAUACGGACAAAGUCGUGGUCGGUGGCGCCUUAGCGAUCCUCCACACUCCCAGAACAAAUAGAUGUCACUGAAGUGAUCCAUCACACAGGUGUGGAUGCAUCCUACCCCUCCCUCUCCAUAUCGAGGCAGAGAUUGUGAUGGAUAGAGCCUGAAGCCAUGGCACAGCUCGCUAGCUCAACCCACCCUAGGCCCUCUUUUCAAAACAGUCUGCGUCUCCCACCACCCAGCGCAUAAAAUGCCUUUUGUAGCACAGGGGGACCAGAGACAGACAGACACACACACACACAGCUCCACCCCCCUGAUGUAUACACUACGUCUCAUCAGGUAUGAGAAUCAAAAGAGAGCAGGGUAGCGGGCCGACUGUUAUUGUACAGCAGCCCCUUAAUGAUCAGCAUCUGUUCUCUCCUCUCUCUCCGCUAGCGUUAGCCUGCGCUCUGCGCACCCGUUAAACAAAGCCUUUGUGUGUCAUUUCCUACCAAGUUCCCCUUGCUGCAAAAAAAUUCCCCCUGGUUGCUCUAGCCUUUCACCCUGCCCCCCGUGGAGAAUAAUACUGCUGACUCGGGUGGAAGUUUGAUUUAGAGGCAGUGCUCGUUUGUGUGAAAAGAUAUACUGUGUGCUUUCGGUAAGAAAACAGUGAGGAGUGCAUCCUCUAUCUGUGACUCACUGAUAUUGUCCUUGAGGACCAUUGUGUAAGCCCAGGACUUUGAAAUUGCACAUACACACACACACACACACACACACACACACACACACACACACACACACACUUCUAGUUAUUGAAUACCUGCGCUGCAAAAUGGACAUCCUCAGGAAACACUGCACGUAAAUAAAAUGUGCAAUCAUGUUCAUCCCAGCUAAAGGCUAUGGAGAAGAAAAGGUGUUUCUACCUUUUAUCUAUUCCUAUUGUGUUACCUCCUCGUUACUACUCAUGCGUAGUCGACUCUGGAAAUGUCGAGUCCAGCAGGGACAGCAGUCAGUUUGAAGGUGGAUACCGCGGAUACCAGUUUUCUUUGAAGUCUUUUUGAACAAAGCCUAGUUUUAUGUUAAAGCCUACUGGAGGGAGAGUGAAGAGAAUUCUGUGGGGAAAUUAGGUGUGUCUGAAGCUGACCAGUGUUUGGGUGGCAGUAAUUAUGUUAUGUUAAUAAAUCAUGAUGUCUCUCUCUGAUGCUUAAUUGCCUAGUUUUCUGGAUAUAAGAGACUUAGUUUCUUGGGAACGCGUCACAUUUUCACCUUUAUCUUGAGAGGGGUGUUUACAUUUUUUAUUUGAGGUGUGUGUCGUGGAGAGUUAUCUGACAAAUGAUGAAGUUAUGGUGUACUGUGAAGUUUCCCCUAGAUGCUGAUCUUGGGUCAGUUUUGCAUUUCCCCCCAUUAAUGGUUAAGCUUAGGAUUGGGGGAGGGGAAGCUGAUCCUAGAUCUGUACCUAGAGGAAACUUCCCCCCCAGAGCAGGCGGUUUUCAAGAUCCAUAUGUGUAUUUGGUUGGUACUUGAGUUGCCAAGUAUCCACAGCAUUCCUUAAAUACUAACAGUAAUAACCAAUAUCAUUUGGAAGAUUUCCUCAUCUAAAUGUGCUGACUAAGCAUAACAUUGGCUUUGCAUCUUAAUGAAACACUGGUCUGUGUGGUAUUGAUUAGGCCGUAAUUGAUUGAUGAGGGCAAAAACGGUGCCAUGAAGCAAGUUUAUGAUAAUCACAAAGCACUGCAUGCUUUUGUACAGUGUAUUUAUAUCAAUUGGUGAUCUUCUGUAUGUGGAUGUUUUACAUAUGAGGUUGUAAGCACAAAUCUCUACAAUUUUAUUUAUUUUUUGUCCCUUUCUGGAAAUGUGUCUUGCAUCUCAUCUCAAACAGCACAGAAUCACUAUAUACAGUAUACAGUGCUUUCAGAAAGUAUUCAGACCCCUUGACUUUUUCCACAUUUUGUUACGUUACAGCUUAAUUCUAAAAAUGAUUCAAUUGUUUUUUUCCCCUCAUCAAUCUACACAAAAUACCCCAUAAUGACAAAGCAAAAACAGGUUUUUAGAAUUUUUUGCUAAUUUAUAAAGAAAUACAGAGAGUUGAAGUCGGAAGUUUACAUACACCGUAGCCAAAUACAUUUAAACGCAGUUUUUCACAAUUCCUGACAUUUAAUCCUAGUAAAAAGUCCCUGUCUUAGGUCAGCUAGGAUCACCGCUUUAUUUUAAGAAUGUGAAAUGUCAGAAUAAUAGUAGAGAGAAUGAUUUAUUUCAGCUUUUAUUUCUUUCAUCACAUUCCCAGUGGGUCAGAAGUUUAAAUACACUCAAUUAGUAUUUGGUAGCAUUGUCAACUUAGCGUAUGUAAACUUCUGAUCCACUGGAAUUGUGAUACAGUGAAAUAAUCUGUCUGUAAACAAUUGUUGGAAAUAUUACUUGUAUCAUGCACAAAGUAGAUGUCCUAACCGACUUGCCAAAACUAUAGUUUGUUUACAAGAAAUUUGUGGAGUGGUUGAAAAACAAGUUUUAAUGACUCCAACCUAAGUGUAUGUAAACUUCCAACUUCAACUGUCAGUAUUCAGAUGCUUUACUCAGUACUUUAUUAAAGCACCUUUGGCAGCAAUUACAGCCUUGAGUCUUCUUGGGUAUGAUGCUACAAGCUUGGCACACCUGUAUUUGGGGAAUUUCCCCCAUUCUCUGCAGAUCCUCUCAAGGUCUGUCAGGUUAGAUGGGGAGUAUCGCUGCACAGCUAUUUUUAGUUCUCUCCAGAGAUGUUCGAUCAGGUUCAAGUCCGACGCAAUCCUGUCUCGGGGCUCUACGGACAAUUCCUUCAUCUUCAUGGCUUGGUUUUUGCUCUGUCAUGCACUGUCAACUGUGGGACCUUAUAAUAGACAGGUGUGUGCCUUUCCAAAACAUGUCCAAUCAAUUGAAUUUACCACAGUUGGACUCCAAUCAAGUUGUAGAAACAGCUCAAGGAUGAUCAAUGGAAACAGGAUGCACCUGAGCUCAAUUUCGAGUCUCAUAGCAAAGGGUCUGAAUACUUAUGUAAAUAAGGUAUUUUUGUUUUUUAUUUGUAAUACAUUUGUAAAAAUGUCUAAACCUGUUUUCACUUUGUCAUUAUGAGGUAUUGUGUGUAGAUUGAUGAGGAAAAACAUGUUUUUUAUCUAUUUUAGAAUAAGGCUGUAACAUAACAAAAUGUGGAAAAAGUCAAUGGGUCUGAAUACUUUCUGAAUGCACCGUAUAUAGUACAAUAUACAUACAGUCAGAUCACAUAUAUGGUCUAGGCAGUUAUACAGUUGAGAUAGUGUACUGAUGUGAAUGUAUUUGAGUGAGCAUGAUAAAUGGAGAUGUGUAGCAUUUGACCAGCUUCUGAGGUAAGAUUUAGUGAGUCAAUUGGAAAAUGGAACAUAUAGUGCAUUUGCUCAAUGUCUACCCAACGCUAACACACUGAAAGAAUUGCUAUUUCGGAAUGUGUUAUUUUUUUGUGGCUCAUUUAAGUAGUCCUUUAGUGCACUGACUUAUGGUUUGCUGUAAAUUCCCUUUCAUGGUUGCUGUGGCAUCACAGUGCCUGCUUUUUUCCUGUAAAUACAGGUAUCUGCUAUCAGAAGGGGACAUUUUUAUUGCUGGGGAAUUUAUCCUUUGGAAAAAGCCUUGACUAAAAGCAAUGAUGACAUUGAUUGACCAUAGUGUGGUUGAAUUGAUUACCCAUAGUGCCUUUCACAGCCACCUGUGGCCCUUUCUAUGAUGUGGCCCAAUUUGUUACCUUGCCAAAAAACCCUGGUGACACAUUUUCAUGCCAUUUCCACAUCACCACCUGUGGUCCUGUCUGUGACAGCUACAGUUGAAGUCGGAAGUUUACAUACACCUUAGCCAUAUACAUUUAAACUCAGUUUUUUUUAAAAUUCCUGACAUUUAAUCCUAGUAAAAAUUCCCUGUUUUAGGUCAGUUAGGAUCACCACUUUAUUUUAAGAAUGUGAAAUGUCAGAAUAAUAGUAGAGAGAAUGAUUUAUUUCAGCUUUUAUUUCUUUCAUCACAUUCCCAGUGGGUCAGAAGUUUACAUACACUCAAUUAGUAUUUGGUAGCAUUGCCUUUAAAUUGUUUAACUUGGGUCAAACGUUUCGGGUAGCCUUCCACAAGCUUCCCACAAUAAGUUGGGAGAAUUUUGGCCCAUUCCUCCUGACAGAGCUGGUGUAACUGAGUCAGGUUUGUAGGCCUCCUUGCUUGCACACGCAUUUUCAGUUCUGCCCACACAUUUUCUAUAGGAUUGAGGUCAGGGCUUUGUGAUGGCCACUCCAAUACCUUGAUUUAAGCCAUUUCGCCACAACUUUGGAAGUAUGCUUGGGGGUCAUUGUCCAUUUGGAAGACCCAUUUGCGACCAAGCUUUAACUUCCUGACUGAAGUGUUGAGAUGUUGCUUCAAUAUAUCCACAUACUUUUCCUUCCUCAUGAUGCCAUCUAUUUUGUGAAGUACACCAGUCCCUCCUGCAGCAAAGAACCCCCACAGCAUGAUGCUGCCACCCCUGUGCUUCACGGUUAGGAUGGUGUUCUUCGGCUUGCAAGAGACCCCCUUUUUCCUCCAAACAUAACGAUGGUCAUUCUAGCCAAACAGUUAUAUUUUUGUUUCAUCAGACCAGAGGAUAUUUCUCCAAAAAGUACGAUCUUUGUCCCCAUGUGCAGUUGCAAACCGUAGUCUGGCUUUUUUAUGGCGGUUUUGGAGCAGUGGCUUCUUCCUUGCUGAGCGGCCUUUCAGGUUAGGUCAAUAUAGGACUCAUUUUACUGUGGAUAUAGAUACUUUGGUACCUGCUUCCUCCAGCAUCUUCACAGGGUCGUUUGCUGUUGUUCUGGGAUUGAUUUGCACUUUUCGCACCAAAGUACAUUCAUCUCUAGGAGACAGAACGCGUCUCCUUCCUGAGUGGUAUGACGGCUGCGUGGUCCCAUGGUGUUUAUACUUGCGUACUAUUGUUUGUACAGAUGAACGUGCUACCUUCAGGCAUUUGGAAAUUGCUCCCAAGGAUGAACCAGACUUGUGGAGGUCUGCAAUUUUUUUUCUGAGGUCUUGGCUGAUUUAUUUUGAUUUUCCCAUGAUGUCAAGCAAAGAGGCACUGAGUUUGAAGGUAGGCCUUGAAAUACAUCCACAGGUACACCUCCAAUUGACUCAAAUGAUGUCAAUCAGCCUAUCAGAAGCUUCUAAAGUCAUGACAUCAUUUUCUGGAAUUUUCCAAGCUGUUUAAAGGCACAUUCAACUUAGUGUAUGUACACUUCUGACCCACUGGAAUUGUGAUACAGUGAAUUAUAAGUGAAAUAAUCUGUCUGUAAACAAUUGUUGGAAAAAUUACUUGUGUCGUGCACAAAGUAGAUGUCCUAACCGACUUGCCAAAUAUAUAGUUUGUUAACAAGAAAUUUGUGGAGUGGUUGAAAAACAAGUUUUAAUGACUCCAACCUAAGUGUAUGUAAACGUCCGACUUCAACUGUAGGUCAUUUCCUGAAGAGGUUGAGGAGUGGCCCUACCAAACAACAGUUUAAUGUAGUUUUGAGUGUAUUAGUGAAUAGAACAUUUCAAAUCAAAUGUUAUUUGUCACAUGCGCCGAAUACAACAGGUAUGAUUACUUACAAGCCCUUAACCAACAAUGCAGUUCAAGAAAUAGAGUUAAGAAAAUAUUUACUAAAUGAACUAAAGUAAAAAAUAAAAUAAAAAGUAACACAAUAAAAUAACAAUAACGAGGCUAUAUACAGGCUAUGAUUCUGAUUUUAGUUAUCAAUAACAAAAAAAUAUUGUAAUCAUAAUGUCAUCUGAACAGACAGUUAUUUUCGCCAGUGAUUUCUUGAUUCAAUAUAGUGUCGUUAUAAUGUUGCAACACAAAUACCCUAUAGAAUGAUAAUAAUUAACAGUAAUCUUAUCUAAUGCAUUUCCUUGAUAAUAACGAGAACCACAAUGGAAAUAAGUCGGCAGACUUUAUUGUGCCUUUAAGCCUUGAUCAUUUUAAUGCAUAUAUUAUUGUACUUCAGUAGUACAGUAAUCUCAUCUAAUUCAUUUCCUUGAUAAUAACGAGAACCACAAUGGAAAUAAGUUUGUAGACUUUAUUGUGCCUUUAAGCCUUGAUCAUUUUAAUGCAACUAUUAUUGUACUUCAGUAGUUGAGGCAACUCUAUACAGUGGGGGAAAAAAGUAUUUAGUCAGCCACCAAUUGUGCAAGUUCUCCCACUUAAAAAGAUGAGAGAGUCCUGUAAUUUUCAUCAUAGGUACACGUCAACUAUGACAGACAAAAUGAGGAAAAAAAAUCCAGAAAAUCACAUUGUAGGAUUUUUAAUGAAUUUAUUUGCAAAUUAUGGUGGAAAAUAAGUAUUUGGUCAAUAACAAAAGUCUCUCAAUACUUUGUUAUAUACCCUUUGUUGGCAAUGACACAGGUCAGACGUUUUCUGUAAAUCUUCACAAGGUUUUCACACACUGUUGCUGGUAUUUUGGCCCAUUCCUCCAUGCAGAUCUCCUCUAGAACAGUGAUGUUUUGGGGCUGUCGCUGGGCAACACGGACUUUCAACUCCCUCCAAAGAUUUUCUAUGGGGUUGAGAUCUGGAGACUGGCUAGGCCACUCCAGGACCUUGAAAUGCUUCUUACGAAGCCACUCCUUUGUUGCCCGGGCGGUGUGUUUGGGAUCAUUGUCAUGCUGAGAGACCCAGCCACAUUUCAUCUUCAAUGCCCUUGCUGAUGGAAGGAGGUUUUCACUCAAAAUCUCACGAUACAUGGCCCCAUUCAUUCUUUCCUUUACACGGAUCAGUCGUCCUGGUCCCUUUGCAGAAAAACAGCCCCAAAGCAUGAUGUUUCCACCCCCAUGCUUCACAGUAGGUAUGGAGUUAUUUGGAUGCAACUCAGCAUUCUUUGUCCUCCAAACACGACGAGUUGAGUUUUUACCAAAAAGUUAUAUUUUGGUUUCAUCUGACCAUAUGACAUUCUCCCAAUCCUCUUCUGGAUCAUCCAAAUGCACUCUAGCAAACUUCAGAUGGGCCUGGACAUGUACUGGCUUAAGCAGUACGUCUUGCACUGCAGGAUUUGAGUCCCUGGCGGCGUAGUGUGUUACUGAUGGUAGGCUUUGUUACUUUGGUCCCAGCUCUCUGCAGGUCAUUUACUAGGUCCCCCCGUGUGGUUCUGGGAUUUUUGCUCACCGUUCUUGUGAUCAUUUUGACCCCACGGGGUGAGAUCUUGCGUGGAGCCCCAGAUCGAGGGAGAUUAUCAGUGGUCUUGUAUGUCUUCCAUUUCCUAAUAAUUGCUCCCACAGUUGAUUUCUUCAAACCAAGCUGCUUAGCUAUUGCAGAUUCAGUCUUCCCAGCCUGGUGCAGGUCUACAAUUUUGUUUCUGGUGUCCUUUGACAGCUCUUUGGUCUUGGCCAUAGUGGAGUUUGGAGUGUGACUGUUUGAGGUUGUGGACAGGUGUCUAUAUACUGAUAACAAGUUAAAACAGGUGCCAUUAAUACAGGUAACGAGUGGAGGACAGAGGAGCCUCUUAAAGAAGAAGUUACAGGUCUGUGAGAGCCAGAAAUCUUGCUUGUUUGUAGGUGACCAAAUACUUAUUUUCCACCAUAAUUUGCAAAUAAAUUCAUUAAAAAUCCUACAAUGUGAAUUUCUGGAUUUUUUUUUCUCAAUUUGUCUGUCAUAGUUGACAUUACAGGCCUCUCUCAUAUUUUUAAGUGGGAGAACUUGCACAAUUGGUGGCUGACUAAAUACUUUUUUCCCCCACUGUAUGUAUUUUAACCAUGUCUAAUAAAAUACUUGAAUUUAUUCUUUUUUUGUACGCUUUUCCAGAAUACAGACCCGGUCCAUGACCUGCUGUUGGAUGUGAUCACAUGGGUUGGCAUUCUGCUCUCCCUGGUCUGCCUGCUCAUCAGCUUGUUCACCUUCUGCUUCUUCCGGGGCCUCCAGAGCGACCGAAACACCAUCCACAAGAACCUCUGCAUCAGCCUCUUCAUCGCAGAGUCCCUCUUCCUGGUGGGGAUCAACCGAGCUGACCAACCGGUAAGAACACUCCUAAGCCAGACAAAUUAUGCUCAAAAAACACAGCCGACUCAAUAUAUUUUCAAUGACAGCGGUGUGUUGGUGGAGGGCCUAGGGUGGUGUUGCUCUGUCUGUCUGAAAAGUUGGGGAGGUUUUACUUGUGAUACACUCCACCACACACCUGCAUCAGGCUUUUUUCAUGCAUUUUGGUAUUUAAGCCAUCGAAGGUCCCAGUGGUUGACAGAGGGAGGGGUGCGUGUCAGGGGGCUUAAUCUCAGUAGUCUAAAGUUGCUCCCUCCCCUCCCCUUGCCGUCUUCAUCUGCACUAAUCUGAACAUGCCGGAUAGGUGACGGCAACGAGGCAGAAGUCUAUUUGGGAUCAGUCACCGGUCUCCCAAAUCAGUUCUGAUUAGGGAAAGGAGGCGAGGAAGCCACGUUAGACUAUUGAAGUGCAUCCAGGGUGUCAGCUCUAGUCCUCGAGGGGCCAAAGUGCCCACGUGGUUUUCAUUUCAAACUGCCAUUUGAUUAAUUAGUGUUACUGAUUGGCUAGAGAGGUUUCAUACCUGGUUCCUCAGGUCUAAAUUAGACAUGGUUCUGUGCUCUGUAUAUUAGUGCAAUUGCCUAUUAUACUACUAGUAAGUCCCACUACAGUAACUACGCCUUCAAUAGAGUGGGUCCACUGCUAACAGUAAGUCCCACUACAGUAACUACGCCUUCAAUAGAGUGGGUCCACUGGUAACAGCUAGAUAGUUAACCAUAUAACAUGUUCCUUAUUUUUUAACUUUUGUUCCAAGUUAUUCUGUUCACAGAACAACCCUGGUAAGACACUAGAAAGGAUAGUAGAAAACCAUGAGCUGAGCCAGGAAGUUAGGAAAUUAGAAAAUCCAUCAGCUUUUGACCUUAACCCUUAUGAAUUGUUUUGCUAAUCUUAUCAGUUAAAUAUUUCAAAAACACCGCGGCUCUCUCAUCUCUUGGCGGCCAGUUACGCUCGAGAAAGCAAUUCAGUAGUCUGACCAGAACAUUAAGGUUUGAGUGUACUUCGAUGCACUUCCUAGGGCAUCUGUGUAUUUGAAGGGUGAACCGCUGAAAUACAAUGGAUCUAUAGAUGCUACAUCUUAUUUGUGCUAGACAACAUGAGCAAGGAUUCCUGGUUGAUGGGAAAUUGUCUGCCAUCAUAAUUUAAAUUAGUGAAGGUUGCAGACAGUUGAAUGUAUCCGUUUCCUCUAGAGUUUAAAACAAAUAUAAUUGCCCCUUAGUCUGUUCCGAUUUGAAUGUCUCAACUGAUCUUGAGAACAUGAGUUUUUUGAAGCUUUAAGUAUCCAUGGUUAUGAGUGUGUGCCACUCAUAACAAUGUUGUUCAUCAACUUAUUGGAAUGUAAUGUAUAGAAUGUAUUGAUGGUAUAGGUCAAUCAUGUGUAUAAAGGAGAUAAGGAUAAAAGGUUAUCAUCUUUCAUGUAUCUUUUCAACUAGCAAUGAUAAUCAACACCGUGGGAUACCUUUGUUAGCCAACCCUGACUCUGCCCUCAUCUAGACCUUUCUAAGCCUCUCUCACAAAUAUCCCUUCAGCCAGUUCCCCCUCAGUGCCACUGGUUCUCCCCAGUCCCCCUGGUUUUCCCCCUGGUUCUCUCCAGUCUCCCUGGUUCUCCCCAGUCCUCCUGGUUCUCUCCAGUUCCACCCUGUUACUUCACCUGACACAGCUCAAGCUCCUAUGUUUCUAUCAAAGAACCACACACACACACACACACACACACACACACACACACACACACACACACACACACACACCCUCACCCCUGCCUCCCCUUUCCACCCCUCACCACCCACCACUGCACUAGCCCUCCCGUCGUAGAACAGUAGACUGAUCUCUAAGUGCUGUAGAUAAUCUGGAUUAGGCGAUCAAUAUGUCAACCCCCCCUCUCCCCCAUGCUUUUAAUGGCCACCGCUGGAUUGUCACUUAGAGAGCUGAGCUGACCUGCUAGAGCUCUGCUCUCAGGGCACUGUCAUUAUCAACAGGGUGCAGUAGGGAGGGGGGUGAGAGAAGUUGUUAGAGGAGGAGUUCUCACUUUGUGUUAAUGAAUGAAAGUGUGUAUGUGUGUGUGUGUGAGAGUGCUGUAGUUUCCAAGGUAAGGUAUGUUGCACAAUUAGAACAGUGGCAGACACACACACACACUUGCUGUCAUAAAUGUGAACCCUAGAGUACGGAUGACAAAGCAACAUUUAUAUUAUCUUAGAGCUUUCAGACUAUGCUUUUGCCAUCUACUCUUCUCAUAAAAUGUGAUGGUUUGAUUCAGUGGGCAGUUUAAAGAUCACUCUCUCCUGAAUUGCAUUGAUGGCCACUGAUCCUGACAGUCAUUUAAUUGAACCAAUUUCAAUGACCGUUGAACAAAGUACCCCAGGUAUGACCAAUUGCUUCAAUAAUCGGAUCAAUUACAGUCGUUACAAGUAGUGUGUGUAUGCGUGCGUGUUUGCGUGCGUGCGUAUGUGCACGUUCUGCUCAUUAUUUUUGCUCUGCAUUCAAGUUUUGAACAUGACCUUUGACCUGUACCGUGUCCCCUCUCCCCUCAGAUUGCCUGUUCUGUGUUCGCUGCCCUGCUCCACUUCUUCUUCCUGGCUGCCUUCACCUGGAUGUUCCUGGAGGGCGUGCAGCUCUACAUUAUGCUGGUGGAGGUGUUCGAGAGCGAGCACUCGCGCAAACGCUUCUUCUACCUGGUGGGCUACGGCGUGCCUGCGCUCAUCGUGACCGUGUCGGCCGCCGUGGACUACCGGAGCUACGGCACGGACCGAGUGUGAGUAUUUCCCGGAAAUGGAACUACGGCUUUAGAACCAUGCCAUUAGAACCUUGACCGUAGGAACCCCGUCAUUUGAACCAUGCCCACCAUUAACCCAUUCCUUGCUAAGGUGUACAUUCUAAAACAGUGUUGCUCAAACCUCUCCUCAAGCACUGCGUGUUCCUCUAUUUGAUAUUUUCCAGUAUUGGCACACCUGAUUCAAAUGGGGUUGCAAUUGAACAAAUGUGUGAAACGUCAGGGGGUCCUAAGGAGUUUCUAGAGAAUCUGUAACUGGGGAAACAAGGUUGCGUAGGCCAUAAUAAUGUCUUAACUUAUUGUAGUCAACGUAUUGAAAUAUUGGCUUGUUCAAACAUGUCCUCAUCCAUAUGACCAGCACCUUCUGAUGACACACAAUACCAGGCUGAUGGCCAUAUCUGAACUAUUCAAUAUGGUUUUGAUAUGUUCGCUAUGGCUGUCGUGUAGACAGUGUGGUCCACUGCUGUUUAUUUGUUUACCGGCUGUCUAGACGUAGUGACAUUCUGCUGUGCCAUUCUGUUUGGUUUUUGAGAGCAUUGUGGAAAGUUCUUCUGCUUUUUUCAAUCAGGGCCUGUAUUCAUAAAGCAUCUCAGAGUGGGAGUGCUGAUCUAGGAUCAGGUCCCCCCCCCCACUCCAUGCAAAACUGAUCCUAGAUCAGGCCCUCUGGUUAAGAUGAGCCCAUGAUAGGGCGGGUUUCCUGAACACCUGACCUGAACUAGAAACAUCUUGUAGACUAUAACAAGGGCACAGAGUUGUUCCUGGUCAGAAGACAAACUCCUAGCCUUACACUAAAUUUGGUUUAUUUCCACAUUUAUUUGGUCAGGUUAAUUCAUACAACUACACUGAAUCAGCUGACUAAUUUCAUUGAAUAAAAACAGUUUGUGCUGGUCGUUAUAAUUUAAAGAUAUAUAUUUGGCGUUGCUGCAAUAACUAAUGCUCCUCAUCACUCCUUAAUGGACCUGAACGGUUAUUCUAACGCAGAACUUCUGCUGACUUGACAAAAUGUCUAACAGUGGCAAAUGCAAGCUGAAACGCGAGCCAUAGCUGUGUGACUGCCAAGCCAUUGUGGUUACCGUCUUCACCAUUCACAUAACUCCUGUAUAACUGAGCGUGGGAGCAAUAGAUGGAGAGAUUGGAGCGAGGAGAUGAAGCACUAGAGCCGGGGCGAGAAAGGGAGACGUCGAGAAAGUAAUCGUCAUACGCUCCUAUGUUUCCCCGCUGAAGAUACUGGAGAAAUUAUUUGAUUUUCUCUCGCACGUCUCUGAAAUAUAAACCAGCAUUCCUAACAAUGACACAGAGAAGAAAUAGAGAGAAACUGUUCCUCUCUCACUAAAUUGGUAGCCAAUCUGAAAAACAAUGGAAACCAGUAUCAGCAGUUUUCACAAGAUGUAUGAUACAUGUCAUUGUAGGAACUUUAGUGGUCUGAUAAUUGGUGAUAAUUGGUGACUUCAUUAAGCCAUUAAUUUGCCUACUGUUUCAAAUUAAUAACGUUGUAUAAGGGCACCAUUAAUUGUUUUAAUUCAAAGAAAACAAUUAACUUGAAACUGAUUAGUAGUUUAGCCUUCGUUCAUCAAGUCUCAUAUCAACAAUCUUAAAGGAUACGUAAGAUCUUUAAUUGUAUUAGAGACAGUAUUUGUCAAAGCAUAGGAUGUAUUGUUACACCAAAGAAACACACAAUGAAAAGAAACAGAGACUAUGAUUGAUCUAUUAAGAUUAUAAUUUUGCAAUGCCGAAUCAAGGAGGAAACACAGAGGAUGUCGUCAUAUUUACUGAGUCAAUGGUCAGAUCCUCUCUCUCUCUCUCUCUCUCUCUCUCUCUCUCUCUCUCUCUCUCUCUCUCUCUCUCUCCCUUUCUCUCUGACCUGCGUCGGUACCGUCUAUUGGCGCAGUCAUCUUUGUGUUGCACACAUGGUAUGAAGAUGUCCAAGACCCCACUCUUGUGGGCCAUUCGUUCUUCAGCAUAAUGUAACUGGUCUGCCCAUUUUUCUUCCUUCCUGGUAAGGGUUCCAUCUCCGUUUCUUGGUGAGGAAGACGUACCUCUCUUAGUUCAGAGGCCGUUUCCUAGAGUUCUGUAUCAGCUCUUUGUCAUGCCUACUCUCCUCUCUCCCUCCUGCAAGACAAGUCUCUUUCUCCUCCAAGUCGAUUCAAUUCUCCAUUCGUCUGUCUUUUGGCUGACUUUUCAACUGUUGAGUUUUCAACUGAAUUUCCAACUGCCAGAGAGCAGUUUUUAUUAGGGUGGGUGUGAUUUGUUUUUCCGAUGGCCUCAGAGAUCAUGGGGGAUGAGGAGUUCCCCAUCCCUCUUCGAGUCAGAGUGACUUGUAAAUCAGACAUCAUUACUAAAAGGCUAUCAUGCCUUUAUUAUACAUAUGCAAUUGUUUCCAAAGUGUUUGUAUUCUAGAUCACAAUGAUACCAGAUAUGUCAUAUGCAUAGUCACUUUACAAAUUACCUCGACUAACCUGUACCCCCGCACAUUGACUCGGCGACAGGCCUCCUGUAGCUCAGUUGGUAGACCAUGGCGCUUGCAACGCCAGGGUUGUGGGUUCGAUUCCCACGGGGGGCCAGUAUGGAAAAUGUAUGCACUCACUAACUGUAAGUCGCUCUGGAUAAGAGCUUCUGCUAAAUAGCCUCGUUAUUGUUGUGUAAUUUUCUUGUGUUACUUUAUGAUUUUAUUAAAUUUUUUAUACUUUUGUUUAUUUAGUAAAUAUUUUCUUAACUCUAUUUCUUGAACUGCAUUGUUGGUUAAGGGCUUGUAAGUAAGCAUUUCAUGGUAAGGUCUACACCUGUUGUAUUCGGCGUAUGUGACAAAUAAAAUUUGAUUUAAUUUGUACUAACAUGUAUUUAGAAGAUACUAAAUAUUGCAAUUACAGAAUAAAUAUACAAAAGUACACAUAUUUAUUAACAAUACCUUCACGUAAUACGUUGUCAUUUCAAAUGUAUUUAAGAGUAGGGAUAAAAGUCUAUACUUUAUUGUUUGCCUGUGUUACGGAAGUUCUUCUGAGAGAAAGUUGGGUGUUUUCCCACCCAACAUCAUGGGAUGUUGAACCAAUGAAACAGUUGUUAGACACACCACAUGACCUCGGUCGUGUCUCCUGAGGGGUCAGAGUUCAACCUUUUCCUUCGAGCUGGUGUGACUGGUCAGCUAUCUCCUAAGAGCAAGAAGACAUAAGUCAGUUCCUGAAAGGUUUAUGACUCACGAUAUAUGAAGGCCUGUUGGGCAAAGAUGGUCUGUGGGGGUGAACAUGGAGAUCCUGUGACCCCCUAGAGUUACAACAGUCACACAUGCACACGUAUGUGCAUACACACACACACACACACACACACACUAGACAGUGCAUUUGUGGGUAGCAGGAGCCACAGUUCUUGGUGAUGGAUUGGGGCGAUAGCUGCCACUGCCUGCCACCGGUGGAACAAUUUAUACGCAGCCGUGAGAGAUGGGGGACGGGACAGGGCGUGACAUGCUCAGCUAGAGGGGGAGGGGUUUGGGCAUCGCACAGCUCAAUAUUCCACUUAGAAUCGGAAUAGAGUCAUUUGAGCGAUAAAAACAUGACCGUAGGUUGUCCUGUUAACUGAGGAGAAAGUGUCACGCUUUAAGAAUUCAAAAUGGCCACUGAUAUUUUGCUAAGUCACAGUCUCUAAGUGAGUCCAGUGACAGAGAACAUAAUGAAACGCAUUUUUUUGUGUUACAUGACCUGGCGUAGUUCCAUUUUGGCUGUUAUGGGGCUAAUUUGCUCAGGAGUAGGUGUGUUAUAAGUGUUUAUGUUCCUUGAAUAGCUGCAUGUUCCAAUUGAUUCCACAAUCUGUUACUAAAUUUGUGUAGGCUACAUUGCCAGAGUAUUCUUAGACUAUAUUGCUAGAUUGUGUUAGUUGUUGGAGACAAUAUAUGUGUAUGGAAAGUGAAGAUAUUCAUUUAAAAAAGCCCUAGGUUUGGGGCAUAUACUAUUCUACUGUAAAUGAUAUACCAUGAGGUGAACUCAGUUUUACAAAUGACAACAUUGCAAUAAUGCCUUACCAAAAAGCCACAUAGCUCACAUUUCACCCUAAAUCAUUUACUUGAUCAUUUAUCUGACGUUAAUAAUGACAGUUUAUGAUUUUGAGAGCAUCUCUAUCCAUUUUGCAACAGAUAAACUGCGUUUAGACACCUUGGCAUACCUGGAGCCCCUCAUGUCCUCACGCGUGACUUUGUCUCUUUAGAUUCUCUCGUCUCGGUAGCACAUUUCUCUCCCCUCUCUCCAAAGUGUCUCUUUGAGCUAAACUAAUGUGUCAAGUUGCUGUGUAUCAGUGUCACCGAUACGGGCACCCAACACUAGACGUUGGGAGACAAAACGCUACUCUGUCUUAGCGGGAAACAGAGGACCUGGCUUUUUAUUCUCUUUGCGUCGUAACCAAGAGGAUCUGAGGAGGCUGCCGCCAAUGCUGAGUGUCAGGCCGGCACAUGGGAAAAAUAGAUACGCUCAAAAAGCAAAACACAACCCUGACAUGACUGGAGAGGAGAACAGGCAGAUAGUCGGAGGAUUGCUGGCUCGAGUAUUCUCCAGAAAUGACAGCCCUUCCCCUUUAAAUAAAUCAGCUUUUCUGUGAUCUGGAAAAAGAUGGAAAAAAAUAAACAAUAGAGCUUUCAGCAUAUUAUAAUGACUACUUACAAAGCCUUUGAUGUGCGCGUGCGUUUACAUCGUCUCCUCUCAUCCCUUGAUAAGAGCCACGGGGAGAAUUGUCAAGUCCCAGUAACACCAAAGUAACACUCACUGGUUAUGUCCCAAUGGCACUCUAUUCCCUAUAUGCACUACUUUUGACCAGGGUCCAUAGACCGGUGCCAUAUGUCACCAGAAUUACACCCUCAACAUUUAUUGGAAAGGAGCGUCAAGCUCAUACCGUGCACUUUCACCACCCUGUGAAGUUCAUCAUAACUUAUAUCAUCUGUAGCCGGUCAUAGCUAGAAGGGAUCAAGCUUUUGUCAAAUUAACGUCAUAUUUUACGUUUCGUAGCAGGUUAGGAGAACUUACACAUCAGGUUAGGAUAAUUAACGUAGCUGGUUAGGUGAAUUAGGUUAAGGUUAGGAUAUGUAAGGUUAGGAAAAGGGUUAGGGUUAGCUAAAAUGCAAAACAUUUUAGCUUUUGACGUUAAUUUCACAAAGACUGGUUCCCUUCUAGCCAUGACUUCUGUAACCUAAUAAACUGUGUGGUUUCCUGCGUUGUAGUGGGAGGAAGCACACACCAUGUGAUGGCGUGACUCCAAGUUUAAUUCGAUAUGAUGGAUAUUAUAUCAAUAUUUGCGCAUAAAGGCAUUUCCACCUAUAUUUCUCACAUAAUACAUUUUACCGACACACAAAGAUUGCACCAUGUCAAACGAACAAAUAAUCUGUGUACGUUUACAAAAUUGUACCGAAAGGUCCUGUUUCCAUUACAACUAUCGUGAUUUUCUUUACUGUGCCUUCAAAAAGUAUUCAGACCCCUUGACUUUUUCCACAUUUACUUACGUUACAGGCUUAUUCUAAAAUUGAUUAAAUAAAAAGUCAUCAGCACACAAUACCCCAUAAUGACAAAGUGAAAACAGGUUUUAAGACAUUUUGCAAAUGUAUAAAACAUUUAAAACAGAAAUACCUUAUUUACAUAAGUAUUCAGACCCUUUGCUAUGAAACUCAAAAUUGAGCUCAGGUGCAUCCUGUUUCCAUUGAUCCUCCUUGAGAUGUUUCUACAACUUGAUUGGAGUCCACCUGUGGUAAAUUCAAUUGAUUGGUCAUGAUUUGGAAAGGCACACACCUGUCUAUAAAAGGUCCCACAGUUGACAGUGCAUGUCAGAGCAAAAACCAAGCCAUGAGGUCGAAGGAAUUGUCCGUAGAGCUCCGAGACAGGAUCGUGUCGAGGCACAGAUCUGGGGAAGGGUACCAAAUCAUUUCUGCAGCACUGAAGGUUCCCAGGAACACAGUGGCCUCCAUCAUUCUUAAAUGGACGUAGUUUGGAACCACCAAGACUCUUCGUCUGGCCAAACUGAGCAAUUGGGGGAGAAGGGCCUUGGUCAGGGAAGUGACCAAGAACCCAAUGGUCACUAUGACAGAGCUCUAGAGUUCCUCUGUGGAGAUGGGAGAACCUUCCAGAAGGACAACCAUCUCUGCAGCACUCCACCAAUCAGGCCUUUAUGGUAUUGUUGCCAGACAAAAAGGCACAUGACAGCCCGCUUGGAGUUUUCUAAAAGGCACCUAAAGACUCUAACCAUGAGAAAGAAGAUUCUCUGGUCUGAUGAAACCAAGAUUGAACUCUUUGGCCUGAAUGCCAAGCAUCACGUCUGGAGGAAACCUGGCUCCACCCCUAUGGUGAAGCAUGGUGGUGGCAGCAUCACACUGUGGGGAUGUUUUUCAGCGGCAGGGACUGGGAGACUAGUCAGGAUCGAGGUAAAGAGGAAUGGAGUAAAGUACAGAGAGCUCCUUGAUGAAAACCUGCUCCAGAGCGGGGCAAAGGUUCAUCUUCCAACAGGACAACGACCCUAAGCACACAGCCAAGACAAGGAGUGGCUUCGGGACAAGUCUCUGAAUGUCCUUGAGUGGCCCAGCCAGAGCCCGGACUUGAACCCAAUCGAACAUCUCUGGCGAGACCUGAACAUAGCUGUGCAGCAACGCUCCCCAUCCAACCUGACAGAGCUUGAGAGGAUCUGCAGAGAAGAAUGGGAGUAACUCCACAAAUACAGGUGUGCCAAGCUUGUAGCGUCAUACCCAAGAAGACUCGAGGCUGUAAUCGCUGCCAAAGGUGCUUCAACAAAGUACUCAGUAAAGGGUCUGAAUACUUACGUAAAUGUGAUAUUUAAUAACUUUGCAACAUUUUCUAAAAACCUGUUUUUGCUUUGUCAUUAUGGGGUAUUGUGUGUAGAUUAAUGAGGAAAGAAAACUCUUUAAUCCAUUUUAGAAUAAGGCUGUAACGUAACAAAAUGUGGAAAAGGUCAAGGGGUCUGAAUACUUUCCAAAUGCACUGUAUCUAACUGUCAUUAAAAAGCGAGUCAGAUAAAUAGUUUUUUGUGUGUUAAAGGGCCGGUGUCCUAUAAUGAGACCGAUAAUUUCUGAUUUUUAUAAAGUGAUUUGAGCUUUCAGACAACUAAAACAUAAGUUCUAAAAUGGUUAAUGUCAAGCUGUGCAUAACGUUUUUAAAAAGUCUCAUGGAAUGUAGGCCUACAUUGAACACCACAUAUUGGCUAUUGCAGGCGAUAUCAUAGAAGUCAACAGCUAUAACUAUGUCCAUGUGGAAAUAUUUUGUUGAUAGGCAUGUAGAUUGCUGAGGAAAAACAUUUAUUUAAUCAAUUCUAGAAUAAGGCUGUAACGUAACAAAAUGUGGAAAAAGUCAAGGGGUCUGAAUAGUUUCCGAAGUCACGUUUUGUCCUCUUGUAGGAAGCAAUCACUCCCUAAUUGCUGACCCAAAUUAGCUAUAACCAGGCUAGAAACUCACUAACUAAUGUGCACACGCAGCUACACACGGUUCUUCUCUGUGAUCUCAAAUGUUCUUCUAGGCUAGCUACUCUGACAGAGGGUAAAACCGCUUAUACCCAUGACAUAGAUCAAGGCUACAGCGAUGCGCUCCUCAGCAUCAAAACCACCAACUUAGUCUUGAAGUUAGAUUUGUUUUUUUUUGCUUUGAAAGGGAGUGUUAUUAUGUUGAUUCAAUCCCAAUUUCCACAGUAGAUGUAAAAAUGUAUCUGUUUAAAGCCAGUAAAGAUGGUGUACAUUUUAGUGAAGUUCAAUCUCGUGCGGGCUGGCAAUUAUUGCGCAGUUUAGAGGGAACACUGGUGACAAGUGACAGUAUAAUGAAAUCUCCAGUUGCAUUGUUGCAUUUCCUUCUAGUGUUCGAGUACGGACUGCACUGUCCGAAGCCAAGUGCUAUCUUCUCAAUCUGCCUUAAAAUGCUGUUGAAUUACAGUAAAUUCGUUGCCAUUUCCAUCUAGCCUAUUUGUCAGUCCAAAUAACAACACAGUAAGAAACUGUCAUUUCAGAUGGCCAAAAAUGGAGGUCUAUCUAGCUGCGGCGGAGAUGAAACGAUUAAUAAUUUGGUUGGCAGGUCAUGAAUCAACUUCAUUUUAAUCGUCCCAGUAUUGCCUUCAUCUGGCAUCUGCCCCUGUGUGAUAAUAUCUGGGCCAAUUUGAGUUCAAUCAGCCAAAUAGUGUACUGUAACUGCCAUGUCUUGUAUUGGUGUGAUGGGAAAGGGGAUACCUAGUCAGUUGCACAACUGUAUGCAUUCAACCAAAAUGUCUCUUCCGCAUUUAACCCAAUACCUCUGAAUCAGAGAGGUGCAGGGGGCUGCCUUAAUCGACGUCCACGUCAUCGGUGAACAUGGAGCAAUUGCUGUUGGGGUUUAGCUGCCUUGUUCAAGGGGAGAAUGUCAGGUUUUUUCACCUUGCCGGCUCAGGGAUUCGAACCAGCGACCUUUCGGUUACUGACCCAACGCUCCUAACCGCUAGACUACCUGCCGGAGAAGUCAAGCAAGCGCAUGUGUUGAUAUAGUAAUCUCGUUGCAACGUCAUUUCGCUGAGUCAUGAUGAGGUUGAACACUUCGUCUGUGUCUCCAUAUGCCUUAUCACACUAGUUGAGCUGAGCCAUGCUGCACUGGCCUGGUUACACAUCCACCAUAGUUGCUGGAAUUGAGUUGGAAAGUUCAAUGUGAAAGGAAAUGCAUUCGAAGACCACAUAGUAUGGUUUGGGUUGGCACAAUAGUGUGAAAAGGGUAAAAGUGUGCAUAUGGUUAAUGGUUGUGUGAGUUCAAUUUCAAUUUACUCAAUUGAAGGAAUGAGUGGGGCAUGGAAUUCAAUUAAGGGGAUGGAAUUCCUGCCAUUAUUUUCUGUGCAAACUUUUCCAAGCAUGAAUUGUAUUUCUGUGGUCCUAUUCUAUUCAAUUCCUGAUAUGGAAUGGACCUCAACCCUAAUAAACAUGUUAACAUACCAGCCUGGAGGUGCUGCACACGGGAUCAUAUUAGAGAAGUAGAGUGAAGUUGCCCUUAGAUGCUGAUCUUGGGUAAGUUGAGCUUUUUCCCCACUAAUGUUUAAAGCUAGAAUCCGCAGUUGAAAUAAUAACAAAGUGGGCAACCCACCUCUGUUUUGGUAAAACACUGAGGGAUGGGGCUGGAGAAAUGUUACCACUCUCAAAUUCAUAGACAGAGCUAUGGAUGCAAGAACUGACCAUCCAGGAGAUCAACAUUAUAAAUUAAUUUUAACCAUGUUUUGAGGCUAUACAGUGUUUUUUUUAUUUUUAUUUUUUAUAUAUUUUUUGUUAACAUUGACAUUGUUUACAAACAUGGGAGUAAGAAAAGUGUAUAUUUUGUGUUGAGCUAAGCUCAUGAGGCAUUUAUAAGUUAUAAUAAUCAAUGGGAAUAUAUCAUUAGGCCAUCAUUGUAAAUAAGAAUGUGUUCUUAACUGACUUGCCUAGUUAAAUAAAGGUACAAAAAAAUAGAAAUUAAUUUAUAAGGCCAAAAAUUGAUGUAGCAUUUAAGGUUCUAGCUUUAAGUUUAGGAUCGGGAAGGGGGCCUGUACCUUCAGGGGGCCUGUACCUUCAGGGGGCCUGUACCUUCAGGGGGCCUGUACCUUCAGGGGGCCUGUACCUAGGGGAAACUUCACCCACGAGCCACUUUACAGUUUUUAAAGUCCUUUGAUAACUCUGUUGUGACCAUCACACCCUAUAAGCAGUUAUGGCACUGAAACUCCAAAAUCCCACCCUCCAAACCCUCAUGCAAUGGUCAUAACUCUCCUACCCCCUUGCGGCACUGUGUUUUUGAAGUGCUCAUUUCUCUUUGUCAUUCCAGCCUCCAUGUUGAUGUAUGUCCUGUGCGCCGGCCUCACCUUACCUCUCUCUCUCUCUCUCUCUCUCUCUCUCUCUCGCUCUCUCUCUACCCCACCCCCUUCUCUCUCUCUCUUCCUCCCCCCUCUCUUUCUUCAUUGUACCCUUCUCUCCUUCUUAUACAUUCUCUCUAUUCAUAUAGCGGGGGAUAAUGAUAAUAUUCUACAUAUAAUAUUCCAUAAUGAUAUACUCUCUCUCUCUCUCUCUCUCUCUCUCUCUCUCUCUCUCUCUCUCUCUUUCCUCCCCUCCAGGUGCUGGCUUCGUCUGGACACCUACUUCAUUUGGAGUUUCAUAGGACCGGCAACCUUGAUAAUUAUGGUAAGCGUCCCUACUUCCCCACUCCCGUACUAUCUCAUUAACCCUACUUAGCCCCCCAGGUCGCUGCUUCAAUGGUCCAGAGAGAACAUAACAUCCACUUUUCUCAGUAACACCGUUGGGUAUAAGCCACUCCUGGUCAUGUGUCAUGGUGGGGAAAUGGAUGAGGAUGUGAAUUGUGAAGUAUUGCGGUUAGUCGCUUUGCCGGACUGCUGACAGAGAUGUCUUUGGUGAGGGAGAGAGGAACUCCACUUAGAAUUCAGUGGCCAAGUGAUGCCUCUCUACGAUUAUGAUUGAUUUUCACCCAGAACUUCCACUAAAGACUACUGCUAUACUAUCCGUUACCUUGACUGGCACAGAUCGACGUAACACUCCCCAGUCACAAACAGGCACUACGAACAGGCACACACAGGACUCGACACAGGCAACAAACCCUCUCUACCCCACACCUCUCCCUCACGCCACACAGCACUCUCACAGCACACACGCCUCCACACAGGCCACAUCGCAUGUACCUACUCAGGCACUCAAAGGCACUCCACCUGGCACAAUACAUGGUCGACACAGCAUCACAACAGUACAUCUACACUACCAUACUAACAGCACUCUGACAAGCGCUCAACUGCAAAACAGGCACUCGCACAUGCACACAUAACCACCCGCGCAGGACACAGCCACUCAUCGGCAUCUACAUGACAAGGCACUGACAAGGCAAUCAACGGCACUCUGCACAGGUCCCAAACUAUGGCCUCCGACCGGCACACAACAUGCCUCCAGAGAAGACACACUAAACAGCUCCACACAGGACCACACAGACUUGAACAGCACACAAACUGCACUGAACAGUGCACCAAACAGGCACUUCGACACAGACAGAGACACACUCCGACACAGGCACACAAACAGGACUCCGACACAGGCACUAGGCACUCCGACACAGCACACAGACACACAAACGCACUCCACACAAGGCAUCCGACACAGGCACAAUCGCACAGCACUCCGACACAGGCACACAAACGGCACUCGACACAGGCACCCAACAGGCACUCACAGGCACACAAACGGCACUCCGACCAGGCACAACAGGCACUCAGCAGGCACACAAACAGGCACUCGACACAGCACAAACAGGCACUCGACACAGGCACACAAACAGGCACUCCGACACAGGCACACAAACAGGCACUCCGACACAGGCACACAAACAGGCACUCCCGGCACAACAGGCCUCGACACAGCACACAAACAGGCACUCUGACCGGACCAUAAGUCACUCUGAGCAGGCACAAACACGCAUCCUGAACAGGCACCACAAUCACAUUCGACACAGGCUAACAACAGCAUACCAAGUUCACAAAACCAAGCACUGCUAAUGCCCUAACGCACCGACAAUGUCACAAACGCCACCGACACAGCACACAAAAGCUUCGUACCGUCCCACACUAGGCCACUCCGACACAGGCACACAAACAGGACCUCCGACACGGCACUCCGACACAGGCACUCCGACACAGGCACCCGAACAGGCACUCCGACACGCACUCCGACACAGGCACACAAACAGGCACUCCGACACAGGCACUCCGACACAGGCACACAAACAGGCACUCCGACACAGGCACUCCGACACAGGCAACACGCACCACACGACUCCGACCAGCCCACAAACAGGCCCCAACGACUCCGACACAGGCACUCCGACACAGGCACACAAACAGGCACUCCAAAGCUGCAUAAGUAUAGGCUGAGGUAAAAUACACACGUGCACAUGAACACACACAUGCAAACAUUCACGGGUUAACUCCUAACUUAGAUCUUUACAAAACCCAAAAUGCAUGUCUAAUGCUCUUUAUACACGAUCAAAUGUUCAGAAAUCCUUCACAAAACUAUUAUUUCCACUUCAUGACUCAUGCUUUUUCUGUGUAACAACCAGAAUACUUCCACUAAGAAAGGCUGACUCCGUCUGGAAUCGUAGUCCCUAGGAUUUUUUUUUUUUUGGAGAGGUGGAAAAUGACUAGUUGAUUCAGACAGUGGCUCAAUUAGGUGAAUGUCACUUCCCCAGCACAGUGUAUUAUGAGUUACAAUUCAAUUGGUGUCAUUUUGAGGGGGCCAUUCUAUUUUGAGAUGGCCCUACCGCUGGUCCAUUACUAUUUAAUCUACACUGAUUGAAGUGGAUUUAACAAGUGACAUCAGUAAGGGAUCAUAGAUUUCACCUGGAUUCACCUGGUCAGUCUCAUGGAAAGAGCAGGUGUUCCUAAUGUUUUGUACACUCAGUGCAUACGUGGUAGGUGUUCAUAUAAUUUUGUGCUCUAUUUGGCAAAGUGGGAAACUGCAUCUUGUUCCUACACUACAUAUUCAACUAGCUCUAACAAUGUCUCCCUGGCUUAAAAAUGAAUGAAAACAUCAUCUACAACACAAAAACUCCAUCUCAGCUAUGCUCUCUGCUUUCUUUCACCCCACUCUCCCAGCUCAACGUGAUAUUCCUAGGCAUCGCGCUGUACAAGAUGUUCCACCACACCGCCAUCCUCAAACCCGACUCGGGUUGCCUCGACAACAUCAAGUAAGUCACGUGUCCUUCCAGGCAUUGGCACCUUCCAGACUGACGCUGGUACUGUACAUGCUAGUGGUAACCUAAUAUGGCAGACCAGGUUCCGAUGGCUCAGUGUGUUAGAGCAUGGUGCUUGUGGGUUCAAUUCCCGCAUGGGCCACAUAUACUGAACAUAUGUUAACUGUAAGUCACCUUUGCAUAAAAGCUGCCAUAACAAAGAUAUUAUAAGGAACGAUUGAUCUUAUGUACAUCAUAAUAAGCCUGUGUUAUUUGUGAACCCCUCAAAACACAUCUGAAGGGUGAGAAUGGCCAUGCGGAGAUACAGGAAGUGCAGCCCUCCAGGUUCAUAACUCUCAGUUUCACUAAAGGCUGUGUCAUGGAGGGGAGGCAAGGGUUAAAAUGAGACUGGUAUUCCGGCAGGCGUCCUUCAUUAUCUGAAGUGCACGCUCGUCGGCGGCGGAAAAGGCCAAGAGACAAUCUGGUGGAAUUAACCUGACCUGUCGGCAUCCGUUAACACACAGAUGAAUAUUCAUAAAAGGGAGUGUUUGUUUGCGUGCGCGCGCGCACCCUGCCACUCAGGAUAUGAAAAUAUGAAUGACAUUAUAAAGCCCACUGGUAGCCCUUCCCUGCAGUCAAAUGACCAAAUCGCCCUCUAGUGGCCUCAAGGGUGGAAUGUUAUUCAUAUUUUUCAUAAUUUCAUAAUGAAUCAAUAUUAUUUUUUUCAAACACCGAAAAUCCGGUGUUUCUAUGUCAAACUGUUUUGUUAUAUUUCAGUCUUAUGUGAUGUAUAUAAAGUAUAUAUAUAUUUUUUAAGUACACAAUAAAAUAACAAUAACGAGGCUAUAUACAGGGGGUACCGGUACCGAGUCAAUGUGCAGGGGUACAGGUUAGUCGAGGUAAUUUUUACAUGUAGGUAGGGGUAAAGUGACUAUGCAUAGAUAAUAAACAGCGAGUAGCAGCACUGGGGGUCAAUGUAAAUAGUCCGGGUGGCCAUUUGAUUAAUUGUUCAGCAGUCUUAUGGCUUGGGGGUAGAAGCUGUUAAGGAGCAUUUUGGACCUAGACUUGGCACUCCGGUACCGCUUGCCGUGCAGCAGCAGAGAGAACAGUCAAUGACUUGUGACUCACUGUGCUUUGUGAAAACAAAUUAACCAUCUAUUGUGAUAUCACCACAAUAACAAUUGGGUUAGAAUGUGAGAUUGGAUAGAAUGUUGAAGGUUUGGUCAUUCCUAGACUUAGUUAAUUUAAAUUUGAAUCAUAUUUGUAUUUCAUGCCCAUCUCUGCUGGUGUUAUGUGUUCGUUAUGUGAUGUAAUAGUAAUUGAAGGUCAUUUGGAAGAAGGUGGUGUUUAACAUUACAUUCGUGCACAAUGACACACAGUGGGGCCUUUUCUCCGAUAGGAACCAAGUCAAUACAAUGACACAGCAUUUUUGUGGUGUUGAGUUAGGGUAAGUCCAACCAGGUGUCAGGGUAGACUUAUUUUGUGGCUGGGCUAAAGUCCUUUGUCUGCCUCUGUCAACCAGUCUUAUUUCCUACUGAUGGAUAAAGAUAUUUUCUAUGUUUUCCCCCCUGUUUGAAGACACUGGUGGCAUCAGUGUGUUUUAUGGCUGAGAUACUAGUGGCAUCAUCUCUAAUGUCUUGUCACUGCUUUUGUCAGAGUGGAGUGAGCCUCUGCUGACCUAGUACUCUCAGCAAGUGCGCACAUACAUACAUACACACACACACAAACGCACACACACGCAAACAUACUUUACACACCCCGCCACACACCCCACACACAGUCACACUCUUUCUCACGAAUACACUCUUUCUCUCUUUCUUCCCAUGCACACACACACACACACAUUAUAGUUCGCAUUCUAGCAGGUGUUGAGGCUAGUUUUUCAGAGGAUGUCUGCUCUGUGAACUCCGAGUGACAUCCCUGUCUGAAUUGUAAUCCUGAGCUGAAGGGAGAGCUGAGUAAACACUGGACUGGACAGGACUGUCUGUAUCAGAAUCAAUAGUAAUCUGUUGGAUAGCAUUGAUAGCAGUCUGAGACAUGUUGGUGCGACAGAGUUCAAAGCCCAGAGCUGCGCAUACAUCUGCGACUCAAUAACAACCAAUUCAAAUGAGGUUUGUAAAUAUGAUUGUAUGUAAUAAUGGGCCGUGAAUACUGUCGUGUCUCUGCGACUGUGGGCAAUUAUUAGAGCAAGAAUGACCAUCAGUUUAGCUUGUUUUUGUUUCAUUCUAGGAUCUUAAUUUGAGCACCCUGUUACAGGAGAACUUUCCUGCAAUGCAGGACUUUUUAAACUUGUAGUGUAUUUGAGGUUUAAAAAGUCUUCUGAAGUUUGUAAUUUCCACUUUGAAAUUUCUGACUUGAUUUUCCCUUACGAAAAAAGUAUCAAACCCUACAAAAAUGUCUAUUAUUAUAAUCCACAUAAUAAUUCACAUUUCCUCUUGCUGCAGGAUUAUUUUCCUGCUGUAGCAAACUGGCUCAAAUUGAGAUCCUAUAUAUUGUAGGUCAACCAUGUUAGUGCUAACACUGUUGACAACAGCUGUUGAUACUGUGACCUGAUUUUGAACCUAACAGGCUAUUGAGUUGAUAAUCAUCACCAACUGAGUGUUUUUAAAGGCGACUAUGGAAACAUUUAAGCGCACCAUUUUUUAAAAUGUUUACCAGUUUUAUAAUGGGAUAAUUUGAUCAGUUAUAAGUAACACAAACAGUGUUUACAUCUUAAAGUUUAGUAAAGACAGUAUUUUGAACUCCCCCUAGCCGUUUAUCAAGCAAGUGUUACGAUUUCAUCUAAGAAUACUGUGAAUGAGCUAUAGAUGGUUCCUUUUAGAUGCAUUGCCUUGUUUGUCUGUGGAGAGAAUAUUGACUAGCGUCUGUUCUCUGCAUUAUAGGAUUUAUCACACUAGCCUCCCUUGGCCAAUCAGAAACCUUACCUGUGGACUGUCUCUCAGACCACAACAUAAAUGUCACGACCCCUUCUCUCCCAGCUCUGACAUCUGAUAGACCUACCUCUAGAUUUAUGUAUCUCAUUCACCAGGACUACGUCCCAAAUGGCACCCUAUUCUUGUGCACUACUUUUGACCAGAGCCUUCUGAACCCUGGUCAAAAGUAGUGCACUAUAAAGGGAAUAGGGUGCCAUUUGGGGUGCAGACAUGGUCAAUAUGUCCAAUGCCUCCCCUCUACCCUGACAGUUUGUCAAAACAUGGCUACGGAAACAAACGUGGUUCACAAAUAUGGGACAAAGUAAUAGGCCUAGGCUUCUGCUACUUUGAGAACCAAACUGUUGUUUACUUUUCAAUGGACAUUAGUUCCAAAUCUUCAAGUUCUGAACCAUUUAGGCUGUUACUAACAAUUUAGGAUGUUACUAACAAUGUAGGCUGUUAUUAACAAUGUAGGCUGUUACUAACUAUUUAGGGUGUUAGUAACAAUUUAGGCUGUUACUAACAAUUUAGGCUGUUAGUAACAAUUUAGGCUGUUACUAACAAUUUAGGCUGUUACUAACAAUGUAGGCUGUUACAAACAAUUUAGGCUGUUAGUAACAAUGUAGGCUGUUACUAACAAUUUAGGGUGUUAGUAACAAUGUAGGGUGUUAGUAACAAUGUAGGCUGUUAGUAACAAUUUAGGGUGUUUGUAACAAUUUAGGGUGUUAGUAACAAUUUAGGCUGUUACUAACAAUGUAGGCUGUUACUAACAAUUUAGGGUGUUAGUAACAAUUUAGGGUGUUAGUAACAAUUUAGGCUGUUACUAACAAUGUAGGGUGUUACUAACAACUUAGGCUGCUACGAAGAAUCAGUUGUUUGAUUAUAAAAAAAAUGGUUUGUUUUCGAGUCCGACACAGUGAGAGGGUUACUGGAUUGUAAAAUUGAUGGAGAUAUUUUAGUUUUUUUAAGUCCUGACUCCUGCUAGGUGGUAAUUAGGUAGGACGUUUCUUUUAUCUUUCUCUUAUAUUUUGUGUUCUUUAUCUUUUGAUGUCAAACUUCAUGUUCGGAAUUUCAUCACGUUGCUUUGUUUUGUGAUGAAUGUUCCAUGUUCCUCUCUCUCUCUCUCUUGCUCUCCACUGACUCUUUUCACUCAGUUUCUCCUCUUUUGAUUAGUACUGCAUGGUACCCUUUCUGUCUUAUUGAAUUAUUUUUGUUUUGUUUUUAACCUCUUAUUCUUUUUCUUUCAUAUUUUCUUCCUCGUGGUAGCUAUCAUUAUUAUGAUGGAAUUAUUAUUGUGGAAUGGCACUGGUAAGAUGUAACAUAUUUCUACAGAGGACUACACUAUUAUAUCUUCACAUAUACUGUAUUGUGUGUGGUCCCCAUUGCCCUUCCCUUUAGAAAUAGUACUCUUUGUGGCAGUAGUUGAGCAAUUCCUCAUCUGUUUGUGGUGUGCUGUGUUGGCGUAACCCGUUGUAUUUUGACCCCACUAGUAUUGGUACUCUAAGAUUGAGCUUUGUUGUUCUCUUCUCUUACUCAAACGUUUACUAAACUUUGUCGAACCCUAUGUCUGGGAAAUGACUGAGCGUUAAUGACUGCAGUCCACAAGAUGCUGAGAAACUUAGAAAUAUGCACUUUUUCAUGACUGUUAAAAAGCACUGUGAGUAGAUGUACUGUAUAUGCCUCAUAGCAAAUAAAGUGAGAAAGUGUGGAGUUCUCUACAUGUUGAGGAAUCCCCCUACAAUAGACCCUGAAGGAAUAUGCUAAUUAGAUGGUAUCGUUGCUUUAAAAAUGAUUCUGUUCCUGCAUCAAACGCUUCAAAUUGAUAUCUGAAGUAAACAAUUUCAGGUAAUUCACAUUUCUUCAGAUGCAUAGCUUUAGUUAAACAAUUAGCAUCCUGCUGAGUAGAUCACAGCAUUUCUUAUUUCCUUUCAACUAGCUAAUGAGACUCCUUUAUGCCGAGGUGAAAGGCGACUCAAUUGACCAAUUGCGAUCAGCUUUUAAAUGAAUAUCACCUCUCAGAAUCGUCUCUUUUGUCUCUUUUCAAAAAGGAAAUUGGUGCCAAUUUAAUGUGGUUGUUGUAUUAGAACACUUUACUCCUCAACUUCUUUUCAUUUUUUAUAUUUAUACCCGACAAUUAACACAGUGAACACUUUUCCCUCGUUUUCCGGUGAAAGCGCACAAGUGCUCUUUUUGCAGCGGUGGAACCAUUGAGCGUGUCGCUCGAGUGGCAUCAUUGCGAGGGUAUUCUCCGGCUCAGCGGGAGCUACUUCAGCUUUGGGAAAUGAGCCAGGGUCUGUAGGACUGAAAGUGGUAUGGAAUUAAGUAGGAGAGUUUUUCAACUAAAAAUAAAUAAAAAAUAAUAAUAAAAUGCAGGAAUAAAUUAUGCACUUUUGAAAGGCAUUUUUAAAUAACAAGCCCAAAUGCUUCAUAAAAAGUAAAUUUCCGGAGUGAGUGAAAGCAGGAGGUACUGGUUGAUGGGGAUAUCUGCUACCUUGAACCAUAUUCUUCCAAGAUAGCCCUCACGGGAAAAUUACAAUCAUCAUAAAUUCUUAGUUGCAGAUGUGAAAAGCAACGGCGACCAGAUCCAAUACUCAUUACGCUGAAAUAUACAAACCAGGAAAGAUAGGAUAAAUAAUCUAUUUAUAUCCUGUUCAUGUCCCCCCUAAUACGUGUAUUAUGUCCUCCGGCAUCUCUAUCCAAUUCCCACUGUUGGAGUCGCCCAUCCCUCUGCAAAAUGUCCAUAGUUCCAGGUCAAUAUUUCCCUAUUUUUUCUUGUUUUUUUACCCUCGUUGUCUCUCUGACCGUCCAGGGGGCAAUCAGCUUGAUGAAGUGCCUCUCCCAGCAGGUCAUUAAGAUAGACCUGGGAAAAUGAUGUUUAAUGGUUGGCCCCAGUAAUUUCAUAAAUCAUUUAUUUUUGCCAUCGCACCUGGUCCAUUUAUUACAGGCGAUUGAGGCGGACACUAGGCCCACCCGUAUUUAUUGAGGAGUGGAGACGCUUGUGAACCAAGAUAAUUAGGUUUAGCACCUGUAACUCACUCACAAAUACGACUGAGAGCAAGAGGAUUCUGGCUUCAAGAGUAUUCAAUGUAAUCGGUAUAGUGUUUUAUUUGAUCAGCCAUUUUUGAAUAUUUCCUGUUUGUCUUUAUGUUUAUGUGUCUGUGGUAGUCCUCCUGAGCCCUCUCCUUUAACUACACUGUAUAUACAAAAGUAUGUGGACACCCCUUCAAAUUAGUGGAUUUGGCUAUUUCAGCCAUACCCGUUGCUGACAGGUGUAUAAUAUCGAGCACACAGCCAUGCAAUCGCCAUAGACAAGAGCUAGAGCUGCCCCGGUCAACUGUGAGUGCUGUUAUUGUGAAGUGGAAAUGUCGAGGAGCAACAACGGCUCAGCCGCAAAGUGGUAGGCCACACAAGCUCACAGAACGGGACCGCUGAGUGCUGAAGCUCGUAGCGCGUAAAAAUUGUUUGUCCUCGGUUGCAACACACACUACCGAGUUCCAAACUGCCUCUGGAAGCAAUGUCAGCGCAAUAACUGUUAGUUGGAAGCUUCAUGAAAAUGGGUUGCCAUGGCCGAGCAGCCGCACACAAGCCUAAGAUCACCAUGCGCAAUGCCAAGCAUCGGCUGAAGUGUUGUAAAGCUCGCCGCCAUUGGACUUUGGAGCAGUGGAAAUGCGUUCUCUGGAGUAAUGAAUCACGCUUCACCAUCUGCCAGUCCGACAGACGUAUCUGGGUUUGGCUGAUGCCAGGAGAAUAAUACCUGCCUGAAUGCAUAGUGCCAACUGUCAAGUUUGGUGGAGGAGCAAUAAUGGUCUGGGGCUGUUUUUCAUGGUUCGGGCAAGGCCCCUUAGUUCCAGUGAAGGGAAAUCUUAACGCUACAGCAUACAAUGACAUUCUAGACGAUUCUGUGCUUCCAACUUUGUGGCAACAGUUUGGGGAAGGCCCUUUCCUGUUUCAGGAUGAUAAUGCCCCCGUGCACAAAGCGAGGUCCAUACAGAAAUGGUUUGUCAAGAUCGGUGUGGAAGAACUUGACUGGCCUGCACAGAGCCCUGACCUCAACCCUAUCUAACACCUUUGGGAUGAAUUGGAACACCGACUGCAAGCCAGACCUAAUUGCCCAACAUCAGUGCCUGACCUCACUAAUACUCUUGUGGCUGAAUGGAAGCAAGUCCCCACAGUAAUGUCCCAACAUCUAGUGGAAAGCCUUCCCAGAAGAGUGGGGGCUGUUAUAGCUGCAAAGGGGGGAACAACUCCAUAUUAAUGCCCAUGAUUUUGAGUGAGAUGUUCGAAGUGCAGGUGUCCACAUACUUUUGGUUAUGUGUGUAUAUGUAAGCCUGUCGUUUUCAAAAUCAUAUUUUUAAUAUAUUUGUUUUGGUGUUUUGUUUGAUUAUUGAUUUUAUGUUUUUCAUUAAUUUUUAUUAUUCCUGUCAGCUAUGAAGAUUACGAACCCGAGAUCAAGUAAGAUUAAAAUUGACAAGUUAUCAUCUAUUUAUGACAUCCUUCAUUAACCAUUAAUUUCCUCAUAACAAAAUAAUGAGUAAUGUUUAUACCACCUCCUGCCUUUAGUAAAUGUUAAGUGAAGCUCUCCGUCAAAUCAUAGGGAAUGCAUACAGACACAGUCACACGUCUCACUUAAAAAAAAAAAAAUAUUAGCUACAAUAGGUACACUUCUCUUGAAGGAAUCUCCAAACCCAGAACCAAAUCUCCCGGUUUGUUACAAGAGAAGCAGUCAUGCACUGUGUAAUUCAAGCUUUGAAGAAAGUUAUUAUGUUUUCAUAAGUUCCUUGAUUUUGAAUGCACAGGUAUUUCUGAUUAUACUAGCAUAAGUAUUUACAUUUUAGUCAUUUAGCAGAUGCUCUUAUCCAGAGCGACUUACAGUUAGUGAGUGCAUAAAUUUUCAUACUGGCCCCCCGUGGGAUACGAACCCACCACCCUGGCGUUGCAAGCGCCAUGCUCUACCAACUGAGCUACACGGGGCUCCGUUAUCUGUCAAGGCCUUUGGCACAACCCUCGGGCACCACAUCCAAAAUACUGUGUUCACAUGUGUUCAUAUGCAAAUUAACUUCCAGUGAUUAUGCCUUAUAUGCUAGCUCCGAGGUCAUACAGACUAUAAUGUACAUAUUCAGUAUACUCCAAGUACUCAUUUGAUAUUGGAGAGUUACCUUGACUUGACUUUUCAUCAGAGAGUGUUCCACUGCUGCUACUCCUGAGAUAGUAAUAGUGUGUCUCCCAUUUUCACAAUUUUUAAACACUAUUUCUUUGGUGUAUUGGUCUGCUACUUUUCAAACACGUAAUGGAUGCAACACUUGAAAGAAGGCGAGAGAGAGAGAAAUCCUAGGUGUCCCCUAGGAGCGAACGAUAACAAAAGACGAAAACAAGAUUAAAUUCAAUUUCACUCCUUUUUAUUUUAUCUCUAGUCGAUUUGUCUCCUCUGUCGAUUUUCCACUUCAUUUCUCUCCUCCCUCCUGCCUUCCCUUCAUCCAGUACUUUUGUCUGUCUGGUGGACAUUUAUUUUCACCUGUGUUUCUCUUUUUGAUUCAUCAGAAUGUUACCAGACCAAGGUCGCAAAUAGAAUGGGGGAAGUCUGAAAACUCAUUCUUGCAAUAUGUACUUUUUCAACCUGAAAGUUUGUUUUAAAAUUUCUUCAGUGAACAGCUAGUCACGAUGUUCCUUCUGAGUUGUACGAUACUGACAGAAUGCUGAGUGGGAAGUCUAAGAACAGUCACCACUUCCUGUAUCUGGUCUUAAAAUGUAGAAUCAGACUAAGACCUUGUAAUUUCGCUCCAACAAAACAUUUACUCUCCUUGUGCAUUUCCAUCUUUAGCUUCAUGGGACAAUUACAUAUUUACAUAGUUACAGAUUGUACUGUAAACUAAUAUUUGUAACCAGCUAUAUGUAUGCACUGGUAUCUGUCAGACAGAAUGUGGGCCCUAGUCCACGAUCAUAACUGGCGGUAGUUGGUGAUGAGCAUAAUUGACAUUCAUUUCUUUAGGAAAUUACAGCCAACAAAAACUGAGGGCACGCAACUUCUCAAAAGUUAUCGAGUUCAUUUGGUACUCCUGUGUCAGUUCUGAGAAUGUCCAGAAUGUUGACAUUGUCUCCAUGUUGUGUUUCCAGAUCGUGGGUGAUUGGGGCCAUCGCUCUGCUCUGUCUGCUGGGCCUGACCUGGGCCUUCGGCCUGAUGUACGUCAACGAGAGCACGGUCAUCAUGGCCUACCUCUUCACCAUCUUUAACUCCCUGCAGGGCAUGUUCAUCUUCAUCUUCCACUGUGUCCUCCAGAAGAAGGUACGUGUUUCCCACUAACCUUGUGGUCCAGUGCCCGUAUUAAAAAAGUAUCUCUGAGAAGGAGUGCUGAUCUGGGAUCAGGUCCCCUCUGUCCAUGUAAUCUUAUUAAUUGGGAUCUAAAGGCAAAACCGAUCCUAAAUCAGCACUCCUAGUCUGAGAAGCUUGAUACAAGUCAGCUCAUCUUACUAAGAAGAGUUGGUUAAAGCAUUUCAGAUUGGGUGCAGGCUAAUUUCACUCGACUCAGAACACAUAAAAUGUGAAGUGGUUAUCUCACAAUUUUACAUGACAUGGCUUAUUCAUUUGUAGAAAACUAGAAAGUAUUGUAGUUAUUAACUACAGUAUUUAUUUUCUGAAAGUAUCACAAAAAAGUUGUUUGGUUAUCUGCGUCUGAAUGGGAAUGUGUGUGUCUGUGUAUGUGUGUGUGUCUGUGUGUCGUCUAUGUGUGUGUGUGUGUGUGGUUCACAGGUGCGUAAGGAGUACGGGAAGUGUCUGCGUACCCACUGCUGCAGUGGAAAGAGUGUGGAGAGUUCCAUUGGCUCUGGGAAGAGCUCAGCCUCCCGCCCACCAGGGCGCUAUUCUACAGGGUCACAGGUAGGAGGCGCCUCUCCUCUCACCUCUUUCAGCUGUCAGUGUAUUCUGUUGAUUACAAGCAUAUCUGAUAUUUACUUUUUUCUUGAUUCUACCUGCUGAUGUAGACCAGAGAGUUUAUUUUAUUACGUUUAUAGUAUUUACAUGGUCAAAUAGUACAUUGUUAAUGAAUAGGUUGCAAACAAUACAUUUAGGAAUCAAUAGUACAACAUCAGCCCCUGUCAUGAUGAAAACUAAUUUCAGCAUCCAUAACCCUUUAAUUACAUACAGCAACACAUUGACUACUAACCACUACCCCUAGUUUCCUCCAUAAACCGCUCAUAAAAACGCUGUAAUUUAUCGGCAACUCUGAGACUUUUAAAUGAAUGUGUAAUUAGCAAAGUACAUCGUUUACCAGUGUGCUCUGUGUGGUUACGGUGGUAGGGUUCUCUCUCUCUUUAAAUAAAAGUAGGAAGGAGUAAAAGUGAGACUUGAACAGAGAAAGAGACCUUUGAACUUGAAAUAUGGACACUGAACAACCCCACUCUCACACAGACCUGGGUUGAAAUGCACUGAACAAAAAUAUAAAGCAACAUGUAAAGUGUUGGUCACAUGUUUCAUGAGCUGAAAUAAAAGAUCACAGAAAUGUUCCAUAUGCACGAAAACCUUAUUUCUCUCAAUUUUGGUGCACAAAUUUGUUUACAUCCCAGUUAGUCAGCAUUUCUCCUUUGCCAAGAUAAUCCAUCCACCUGACAGGUGCGGCAUAUCAAGAAGCUGAUUAAACAGCAUGAUCAUUACACAGGUGCACCUUGUGUUUGGAACAAUAAAGGCCUCUCUAAAAUGUGCAAUUUUGUCACACAACGCAAUGUCACAGAUGUCUCAAGUUUUGAGGGAGCGUGCAAUUGGCAUGCUGACUGCAGGAAUGUCCAACAGAGCUGUUGCCAGAGCAUGUAAUGUUCAUUUCUCUACCAUAAGUCACCUCCAACAUCGUUUUAGAGAAUUUGACAGUACGUCCAACCGGCAUCACAACCGCAGACCACGUGUAUUGGGUCGUGUGGGCGAGCUGUUUGCUGAUGUCAACGUUGUGAACAGAGUGUCCCAUGGUGGCAGUGGGGUUAUGGUAUGGGCAGGCAUAAGCUACGGACAACAAACACAAUUGCAUUUUAUCAAUGGCAAUUUGAAUGCACAGAGAUACCGUGACAAGAUCCUGAGGCCCAUUGCCGUGCCAUUCAUCCGCCGCCAUCACCUCAUGUUCCAGCAUGAUAAUGCAUGGCCCCAUGUCGCAAGGAUCUCUACACAAUUCCUGAAAGCUGAAAAUGUCCCAGUUCUUCCAUGGCCUGCAUACUCACAAGUCAUGUCACCCAUUGAGCAUGUUUGAGAUGCUCUGGAUCGAAGUGUACGACAGCGUGUUCCUGUUCCCACCAAUAUCCAGCAACUUCGCAGAGCCAUUGAAGAGGAGUGGGACAACAUUCCACAGGCCACAAUCAACAGCCUGAUUAUCUCUAUGAGAAGGAGAUGUGUCACGCUGCAUGAGGCAAAUGGUGGUCACACCAGAUACUGAUGCCCUUACCUUUUUUUUAAGGUAUCUGUGACCAAUCGAUGCAUAUCUGUAUUCCCAGUCAUGUGAAAUCCAUAGAUAAGGGCCUAAUUUAUUUAUUUCAAUUGACUGAUUUUCUUAUAUGAACUGUAACUCAGUAAAAUCUUUGAAAUUGUUGUAUAUUGUGUUUAUUCUCUCAAAGACUUAAGCUGUGCUUGAUUGAGCUUGUGUAGCGCAAUGGACUAGUCCCAAAAGUGCAAACCCUGCCCCGGCUGUUACUCCAGACAGGCCUGCUCCCACAAGCAAUCCCAGCCACGUACAGUUGAACAUGGUCUUGACUCUUACAGUAGUGUAGAGCAACGGGUUAGCGAUAACAGCAGGGAGAGGUAGCAAUACCAGUAGCAAUUACUUAAUUGUGAUAACACUAUUGUGAUGUGUUGAAGUCAAACCUUUACAAAUACUUACAGAAAGACACAGUACCAAAGAAUACAGUAAUUUACUGCAGGGAAAUCCAACCUAUGUGGAGAGGUCUGAAUGAAUGCAUCAUCACAGGGUUGAGGUGUGUUUUUAUACGGCCAGUGAAUGAUGCUUCGCCCACCCAAAACAUAUAUAGUGCCUAUAGAAAGUCUACACCCCCUUGAACCUUUUCAACAUUUUGUUGCGUUACAAAGUGGGAUUGAAAUAGAUCUUGUUGUAACUUUUUGACAUUGAUCUACACAAAAUACUCCAUAAUGUCAGUUAAUUUAAAAAAAACCCGAAUUAAUAAUAAUUGAAUAACUACAAUUUAGUUGUUGCAUAAGUAUUCACCCCCUUUGUUUAGGCAAGCCUAAAUUAGUUCAGAAGUAACAUUUGGCUUAAGAAAUCACGUAAUAAGUUAUAUGGACUCACUCUGUGUGAAAUAAUAGGGGUUGACAUUAUUUUUUAAAAUGAUUAUCCCUUCCUCUGUCCCCAUACAUACAACAUCUGUAAGGACACUCAGUCAAGUAUUGAAUUUCAAGCGCAGAUUCAACUACAAAGACCAGGGAGCUUUUCGAAAGCCUCAUAAAGAAGGGCAGUGAUUCGUAGAUGGGUAACAAUAACAAAUCUGACAUUGAAUAUACAGUGCAUUUGGAAAGUAUUCAGACCCCUUAACUUUUUCCACAUUUUGUUACGUUACAGCCUUAUUCUAAAAUGGAUUACAUCUUUUUCAAUCUACACAAAAUACCUCAUAAUGAGAUGCAAAAACGGGUUUUUAGAAUUUUUUGAAAAUGUCUUAAAAAUAAAAAAUUGAAAUGUCACAUUUACAUAAGUAUUCAGACCCUUUACUCAGUACUUUGUUGAAGCACCUUUGGAAGCGAUUACAGCCUCGACUCGUCUUCGGUAUGACGCUACAAGCUUGGCACACCUGUAUUUUGGGAGUUUCUCCCAUUCUUCUCUGCAGAUCCUCCCAAGCUCUGUCAGGUUGGAUGGGGAGCAUCGCUGCACAGCUAUUUUCAGGUCUCUCCAGAGAUGUUCGAUCCGGCUCUGACUGGGCCACUCAAGGACAUUCAGAGACUUGUCCAGAAGCCACUCCUGCGUUGUCUUGGCUGUGUGCUUAGGGUCGUUGUCCUAUUGGAAGGUGAACCUUCACCCCAGUCUGAGGUCCUGAGUGCUCUGAAGCAGGUUUUCAUCAAGGAUCUCUCUGUACUGUGCUCCAUUAAUCUUUCCCUCGAUCCUGACUAGUCUCCCAGUCCCUGCCGCUGAAAAACAUCCCCACAGCAUGAUGCUGCCACCACUGUGCAUCACCGUAGGGAUGGUGCCAGGUUUCCUCCAGAUAUGACGCUUGGCAUUUAGGCCAAAGCGUUCAAUCUUGGUUUCAUCAGACCACAGAAUCUGGUUUCUCAUGGGCUGAGAGUCCUUUAGGUGCCUUUUGGCAAACUCCAAGCGGGCUGUCAUGUGCCUUUUACUGAGGAGUGGCUUCCGUCUGGCCACUCUACCAUAAAGGCCUGAUUGGUGGAGUGCUGCAGAGAUGGUUGUCCUUCUGGAAGGUUGUCCCAUCUCCACAGAGGAACUCUGGAGCUCUGUCAGAGUGACCAUCGGGUUCUUGGUCACCUCCCUGACCAAGGCCCUUCUCCCCCGAUUCCUCAGUUUGUCCGUGCGGCCAGCUCUAGGAAGAAUCUUGGUGGUUCCAAACUUCUUCCAUUUAAGAAUGAUGGAGGCCACUGUGUUCUUGGGGACCUUCAAUGAUGCGGAAAUGUUUUGGUACCCUUCCCCAGAUCUGUGCCUCGACACAAUCCUGUCUCGGAGCUCUACAGACAAUUCCUUUGACCUCAUGGCUUGGUUUUUGCUCUGACAUGCACUGAACUGUGGGACCUUAUAUAGACAGGUGUGUGCCUUUCCAAAACAUGUCCAACCAAUUGAAUUUACCACAGGUGGACUCCAAUCAAGUUGUAGAAACAUCUCAAGGAGGAUAAAUGGAAACAGGAUGCACCUGAGCUCAAUUUUGAGUCUCAUAGCAAAGGGUCUGAAUAUUUAUCUAAAUAAGGUAUUUCUGUUUUUGUUUUUUUUGCAAAGAAUUAUUAAAACCUGUUUUCGCUUUGUCUUUAUGGGGUAUUUUGUGUAGAUUGAUGAGGGAAAAAAAUAAUGUAAUCCAUUUUAGAAUAAGGCUGUAAAGUAGCAAAACGUGGAAAAAGGGAAGGGGUCUGAAUACUUUCCGAAUGCACUCUAUCUUUAAGAAUGGUCUAGUUAAUAAUUAUGCUAUGGAUGAUGUAUUAAUCUGAUCCAAGAUGGCGUAGCAGUGCGGUCGUGGUUUCUGUAGUGUCCUGAUGUAAAUAGCCUGUUUUUUAGUUUUUUUGUCUUUUUCGUAUAUAUUUCUCAAUCUCACUUUCCAUCCUUUAACUAAAUAUACUUUCCUGCAACCCGCCUCACCCAAUGUGGAACGGAUUCUAUUAUUUAAUUAUACCUUCUUAUCUAGAACAUCCGGCUGAAGCUAGCCAGCUAGCCAGCUAACUAGCUACUUGCUAUUAGCCACCGUUAGCUGUCUUCACCAUUGUCCAUGGCCUGCGCUACCUACCAGCCAGCUCUAGCCUGGACAGUUAUCGGCCAGUCUGCACAUCGCGCUAUCGAGCCAUAGCACAUCGGAUUUUCUUCCGAAUCACUGAAUCACUGGACCUUAACACCGGAUCAUCGGAACUAGCUAGCUGCAACCGAAUGGCUGUUGUUGUUGUUGGCUAAUCACUGCUGUCCAGAAGCAAGCCCCAGUUAGCCUUGAGCUAGCCUCGAGCCAGGCCCAUCUCCCGGCUAUCUAACUCUCUGUCAACCGGACGGGACCUCCUAGUGUUGACACGGAGCCCCGCCGAUCCAUCACGACUGGUCUGCCAACGUAAUCGUCUGAUGUGGUGUCAACAGGCUUCCCGUUGCCCCGGCCCACUAGCACACGCAAUCAACAGCCGUGCCUCCUGCUUGCCUGUGCUGUAGCAGCCACUGAACUGCUCCCAGACUCACCUAUUGCUGUUCACUGGACCUUAUGAUCACUCAGCUACACAGCUGAUGCCUGCUGGACUGUUCCUUUAUAUGGUACCCCAUCCUGUUUAUCUGUUUAGCCUCAGCUCAAACUUUCGUCGCCAUUACCAGCUGUUGUCUUAGCUCUCUCGAAUAACACCUGUGAUUGCUUUAUGCCUCUCUCUCAUGUCAAUAUGCCUUGCCUAUUGCUGUUUCGGUUAGUUCUUACUGUACUUUUUCACUGUAGAGCCCCCAGUCCCGCUCAACCUGCCUCAGAUGGCUCCUUUGUUCCACCCCCCACACACGCGGAGACCGGCUCAAUCGGUGCCUCCAGUGAUGCUAUCUAUUUCAUCGUUACCCAACGCUUAGGUUUACCUCUACUGUACUCAUAUCCUUCCAUAUCCUUGUCUGUACAUAAUGCCCUGAAUCUAUUCUACAACGCACGGAAAUCUGCCCCUUUUAUUUUCUGUACCCAAUGCACUAGAAGACCAGUUCUUAAAGCCUUUAGCCGUAUCCUUAUUCUAUUCCUCCUCUGUUCCUCUGGUUACGUAGAGGUUAACCCAGGCCCUGUAGACGUCAGUAUCACUCCUACUCCCCAGGCGCUAUCAUUUGUUGACUUCUGUAACUGCAAAAGCCUUGGUUUCUUGCAUGUUAACAUCAGAAGCCUCCUCCCUAAGUUUGAGUUAUUAGGUGCGUUAGCACACUCCGCCAACCCUGAUGUUCCCAACAACAUUUUCCAUCUAAAUAGAACUGCCAAAGGGGGCGGAGUUGCAAUCAACUGUAGAGAUAGCCUGCAGAGCUCUAUCAUACUAUCCAGGUCUGUGCCCAAACAGUUUGAGCUUCUACUUCUAAAAAUCCACCUUUCCAGAAAUAAGUCUCUCACUGUUGCCGCUUGCUGCAGACCCCCCUCCGCCCCCAGCUGUGCCCUGGACACCAUAUGUGAAUUGAUCGCCCCCCAUCUAUCCUUAGAGUUCGUAUUGCUUUGUGACCUAAACUGGGAUAUGCUUAACACCCUGGCCAUCCUACAAUCUAAACUAGAUGCCCUCAAUCUUACACAAAUUAUCAAGGAACCUACCAGGUACAACCCUAAAUCCGUUAACAUGGGCACCCUCAUAGAUAUCAUCCUGACUAAUUUACCCUCUAAAUACACCACCGCUGUCUUCAACCAGGAUAUCAGCAAUCACUGCCUCAUUGCCUGCAUCCGUAAUGGGUCCGCGGUCAAACGACCACCCCUCAUCACUGUCAAACGCUCCCUAAAACACUUCAGCGAGCAGGCCUUUCUAAUUGACCUGGCCCGAGUAUCCUGGAUGGAUAUUGAGAACUAAGAACAGAUAUAGCCCCUGGUUCACCCAAGACUUGACUGCCCUUGACCAGCACAAAAACAUCCUGUGGCGUACUGCAUUAGCAUCGAACAGCCCCCACGAUAUUAAACUUUUUAGGGAAGUCAGGAACCAAUAUACACAAUCAGUUAGGAAAGCGAAGGAUAGCUUUUUCAAACAGAAAUUUGCAUCCUGUAGCACUAACUCCAAAAGGUUUUGGGACACUGUAAAGUGAAGAAUAAGAACACCUCCUCCCAGCUGCCCACUGCACUGAGGCUAGGAAACACUGUCACUACCAAUAAAUCUACGAUAAUCAAAGAUUUCAACAAGCAUUUUGCUAUGGCUGGCCAUGCUUUCCACCUGGCUAACCCUACCCCGGCCACCAGCUCUGCACCCUCCGCUGCAACUUGCCCACGCGACCUGGCCAAGGCUUUCGACUCCGUCAAUCACCGCAUUCUUAUUGGCAGACUAAAUAGCCUUGGUUUCUCAAAUGACUGCCUCACCUGGUUCAUCAACUACUUCUCAGAUAGAGUUCAAUGUUACAAAUCGGAGGGCCUGUUGUCUGGACCUCUGGCAGUCUCUAUGGGGGUGCCACAGUGUUCAAUUCUCGGGCCGACUCUAUUCUCUGUGUAUAUCAAUGAUGUUGCUCUUGACUGGUGACUCUCAGAUCCACCUCUACGCAGACGACACCAUUUUGUAUACAUCUAGCCCUUCAUUGGACACUGUGUUAACAAACCUCCAAACGAGCUUCAAUGCCAUACAGCACUUCUUCCGUAGCCUCCAACUGCUCUUAAACGCUAGUUGCAUGCUAAAUGUAUGCUCUUCAAUCGAACGCUGCUUGCACCCGCCCGCCCGACUAGAAUCACUACUCUCGGCGGGUCUGACUUAGAAUAUGUGGACAACUACAAAUACCUAGGUGUCUGGUUAGACCGUAAACUCUCCUUCCAGACUCACAUUAAGCAUCUCCAAUCCAAAGUUAAAUCUAGAAUCGGCUUCCUAUUUCUCAACAAAGCCUCCUUCACUCAUGCUGCCAAACAUGCCCUCGUAAAACUGACUAUCCUACCGAUCCUUCGGCGAUGUCAUUUACAAAAUAGCCUCCAACACUCUACUCAGCAAAUUGGAUGUAGUCUAUCACAGUGCCAUCCGUUUGUGACCUGUACGCUCUCGUUGGCUGGCCCUCACUACAUAUUCGUUGCCAAACCCACUGGCUCCAGGUCAUCUAUAAAUCACUGCAAGGCAAAUCCCUGCCUUAUCUUAGCUCAUUGGUCACCAUAGCAACACCCACCCGUAGAAUGCUCUCCAGCAGGUAUAUCUCACUGGUCAUCCCCAAAGCCAACACCUCCUUUGGCCGCCAUUCCUUCCAGUUCUCUGCUGCCAAUGACUGGAAUGUACUGCAAAAAUCUCUGAAGCUGGAGACUCUUAUCUCCCUCACUAACUUUAAGCAUCAGAGCAGCUUACCGAUCACUGCACCUGUACACAGCCCAUCUGUAAUUAGCCCACCCAACUACCUCAUCCCCAUAUUGUUAUUUAUUUUGCUAAUUUGCACCCCAGUAUCUCUAUUUGCACAUCAUCUUCUGCACAUCUAUCAUUCCAGUGUUAAUACUAAAUUGUAAUUAUUUUGCACUAUGGCCUAUUUAUUGCCUUACCUUCGUAACUUACUACAUUUGCACACACUGUAUAUACAUUUUCUGUUGUGUUAUUGACUGUACAUUUUGUUUAUCCCAUAUGUAACUCUGUGUUGUUGUUUUUAUCGCACUGCUUUGCUUUAUCUUGGCCAGGUCGCAGUUGUAAAUUAGAACUUGUUCUCAACUGGCUUAUUUGGUUAAAUAAAGGUGAAAUAAAUACAUAAAUAAAAAAUGAAACCACCCAGACACAUCAAAGAUGCAGUCAUCCUUCUGAACUGAGCUGCAGGACAGGAAGGAAACUGCUUAGGGAUGUCACCAUGAGACCAUUGGGGAUUUUAAAACAGCUAUAGAGUUCAGUGGCUGUGAUGGGAGAAAACUGAGGAUGGAUCAACAACAUAGUAGUGACUCCACAAUAAUGACCUAAAUGACACAUAGAAAAGAAGAAUGAAAAUGAACACUUAUCUAAUCAAGGUAUAUUAGUGUUUUAUUCUUCAUUAAUAAAAAAAAUGAGAAUUUUUCUUCCACUUUGACAUUACUUUGAAUAUGUUGUGUAGAUCGUUGAUUAAAAAAAAAGGCAAUUAAAUCAAUUUUAAUCCCACUUUGUAACACAGUAAAAUGUGACUUUCUAUAGUAUGUUCUAACUGGAAGCCAUCUAGUCUUCUGAACACUGAUUACAUUACCGUUACAAAGCCCCACUGACGUGUUAGUUGUAUUGUUCCCUCUCUGCAGAGCCGGAUCCGUCGGAUGUGGAACGACACAGUCAGGAAACAGUCGGAGUCGUCUUUCAUAACCGGCGACAUCAACAGCUCAGCGUCGUUGAACCGAGGUAAUAAUAAUUAGUCAGUUAACACAACGCAUGCUUGAACGCCCUGCAACCCACCAGCCUCACAUUUAGGUUUCCAGCAUUGUGUGAUGUCAAGGAAGAAGGGAGAAAUUGCAUAUGCAGGCUUUUGUUCCGCCGCAGCACAAAGACAAUGGUUUCUUUGGUCUGGAUUGACGAAUAAUGGUCUUCUGUCUGGAUCGUGAUUGUUUGAAUCAGGUGUGUUAGUGCUGGGCUGGGACAAAAUCAUGCACACCCUGGAGCUUUCCAGGACCGGAGUUCGAGGUUCUUGCCCUAUGCUCAUCCAGUGUCCUGACAGUGAAAUAUGCUAUCCAUCAAGUCAGCAUAGUGUGGGUGUUUUUCACACUUGAUCGUGCCAUGGUCGCUUGACAAGAGAUAGUCCACUUUGUGUUUUGUGCACAGAACAAAAGUAUAUGUCUCCCACCCACCUGCUCAUAUAUACAGUACCAGUCAAAGGUUUGGACACACUACUCAUUCAAGGGUUUUUCUUUAUUUUUAUAAUUUUCUACAUUGUAGAAUAAUAGUGAAGACAUCAAAACUAUGAAAUAACACAUGGAAUCACGUAGUAACCAAAAUAGUGUUCAACAAAUCAAAAUAUUUUUUAUAUUUGAGAUUCUUCAAAUAGCCACCCUUUGCCUUGGUGACAGCUUUGCACACUCUUGGCAUUCUCUCAACCGGCUUCACCUGGAUUGCUUUUCCAACAGUCUUGAAGGAGUUCCCACAUAUGCUGAGCACUUGUUGGCUGCUUUUCCUUCACUCUGCGGUCCGACUCAUCCCAAACCAUCUAAACCAUCUGGGUUGAGGUCGGGAGAUUGUGGAGGACAGGUCAUCUGAUGCAGCACCCCAUCACUCUCCUUUUUGGUAAAAUAGCCCUUACACAGCCUGGAGGUGUGUUGGGUCAUUGUCCUGUUGAAAAACAAAUGAUUGUCCCACUAAGCUCAAACCUGAUGGGAUGGCGUAUCACUGCAGAAUGCUGUGGUAGCCAUGCUGGUUAAGUGUGCCUUGAAUUCUAAAUGAAUCACAGACAGUGUCACCAGCAAAGCACCCCCACACCAUAACACCACCUCCUCCAUGCUUUACGUUGGGAAAUACAUAUGCGGAGAUCAUCCGUUCACCCACACGCGUCUCACAAAGCCACAGCGGUUAGAGCCAAAAAUCUCACAUUUGGAGACCAGACCAAAGGACACAUUUCCACCGGUCUAAUGUCCAUUGCUUGUGUUUCUUGGCCCAACCAAGUCUCUUCUUCUUAUUGGUGUCCUUUAGUAGUGGUUUCUUUGCAGCAAUUAGACCAUGAUGGCCUGAGUAACACAGUCUCCUCUGAACAGUUGAUGUUGAUGUGUCUGUUACUUGAACUCUGUGAAGCAUUUAUUUGGGCUGCAAUUUCUGAGGCUGGUAACUCUAAUGAACUUAUCCUCUGCAGCAGAGGUAGCUCUGGGUCUUCCAUUCCUGUGGCGGUCCUCAUGAGAGCCAGUUUCAUCAUAGCGCUUGAUGGUUUUUGCGACUGUACUUGAAGAAACUUUCAAAGUUCUUGAAAUGUUCCGUAUUGACUGACCUUCAUGUCUUAAAGUAAUGAUGGACUGUCGUUUCUCUUUGCUUAUUUGAGCUGUUCUUGCCAUAAUAUGGACUUGGUCUAUUACCAAAUAGGGCUAUCUUCUGUAUACCCCCCUACCUCGCCACAACACAACUGAUUGGCUCAAAGACAUUAUGAAGGAAAUAAAUUCCACAAAUUAACUUUUAAGAAGGCACACUUGUUAAUUUAAAUGCAUUCCAGGUGAUGCUGGUUGAGAGAAUGCCAAGAGUGUGCAAAGCUGUCAUCAAGGCACAGGUUGGCUAUUUGAAGAAUUUCAAAUAUAAAAUAUAUUUUGAUUUGUUUAACACCUUUUUGGUUACUACAUGAUUCCAUAUGUGUUAUUUCAUAGUUUUGAUGUCUAAACUAUUAUUCUACAAUGUAAAAUAAAAUAAACAAUAAAAAAAAACCUUGAAUGAGUAUGUGUGUCCAAACUUUUGACUGGUAGUUUAUAUAUGUAUAUAAGGGGUCCUGUUGUUUUCUAAAAUAAUUAUUAAUCCCUUACUUUAUUAAAAUAGUAACUGGGUCGAUCCACAAGUUUUAUUUCACAACAUUUUUACAUUCUGUCAUAAAGACAUGUUCAACUUAAUAAAAUACCCCAUCUCAAGAGGUUAAAUAAAAAGGGACUAUAGUAAGUGCCUAUUAAGUGCCAAAUAAAGUAACAGGAUUUACUGUAACAACAGGAUUGACCAUAACAACAGUGUUGACGAUUUCAUUUUAAAUCAGCCAUAAAUCCCCUUGUGACAGGGGCAAUGGACGCUGCUUGUGUGCAACAGGGAGGGACAAUUGUAUGCUAGCGUCACCCCAAAAAUUUAAUUGUUGAAACAUUUCUAGCCUGUCUAUCUAACGUGUAAUGCUCGACCCGCUCAGUUUUCCACCACGAAACACCAGAAAAUGUCAGAAAAUAGUAAAACCAGCUCACCUGCUUUUACACUAUGAUGUGACUAUUAGAUGUUUGUUUUUUAAAGGAAUAGUCUCACCAUAUUAAAACAAAAGUUCAGUUCACGUAACAGGGUUGGCCUUCAAAUGAGGGACAUGGUUUUUUUAACCUUAAAAUGAAUCACUAAUAACAUGAAAUAGAUAAUACUAUUCAGAAAUGACUGUCAAAGCAACAAAAUAUCUAGGGCAUUACAAUGAUGGUGACAACUUGGAGACAUUUUGGGGUUAAGUGUGUUAAAAUCUUUCUAGAAGUCACAGAGGAUGCUGAAUAUUGCCACUUUAGUAGGUUUUUAUUCAUUACAAAAAAUCUAAUUUAUAGAAUUGUCCAUGUGGUCUAUAUUAAAGGGCACUUCCUUUAAUAUAACAGGCUUUUAAAAUCCAAUAUUUGUGCACAAUUUCUAAUUAAAAUAUCAAAGGGACGCAAAAGGUACUCAACUCCGUCCUAAACUCCAUCCUAAAUGACAUUUACUUUUUUUAAUAACUAAUCUUUUAAAUAUGCAGUUAAAUUUUAAAAAAUGUAUUAAAGUAAGAUACAAAACUUUUAAUUAAUUUGAAAAGGAUGAAUUUUGCACCUGAUAGAACCAAAGUUUAAAAAAGCAUAAAAGCAUAAUUUUAUUUGCCUAACCAAAAAACAGUUAGACAAGAGCAUGUUUGUUAAUGUUCUACACAUCUUCAUGACAGCUGUCAACCAAACUAGUGUGAAACCAGGAAAGUAAUAGUAAUUGCUUUAUUUUACAUAAUUGUCACCUAAAAAUAUAUAAAAUAUGUAACCAUCAACAAAGGCUUAUCUCCCAAUUUCAUUAUAUGAUGAAAAUGAUCUUCUUUAACUAUUAAAUAAAUACACCAUAGCAUAUUGGACGGCGGUCCAAAUAAAUACGUGUCAAGUGCUGACUCUGAGGUCUCAGUGUGAGAGGCAUCUAUCAUAGGUUCCUAGAUCCUAUCUGCACUAGAUGAUGAUGCCAACACUCUGACAUUUCUCAGGGACGACUCCUCUCCAGUCAUGGGGUCCCUUGGAGGGGUUGAGUCCCUGUCUCUACCUCACUCUCUAAAUCUGCUCGUCGCUCCCUCUCCCUCAGACACUAAUGCCUAGUUAUGAUGACGGAUUGAUGUUAGACGGCGAGAGGAAGUGUGGAGAUCUCAAUUAGGCACUCCGCGACGAGCGCCAUCCCAAGACUUUGGCUUUUAGUGGAGGGAGGGAGGGAGGGAGGGAGGGUGGGAGGGAGGGGGGGGGGGGGGGGGGGGGGGAGAAAGAAAGAAAGAAAGAAAGAAAGAAAGAAAGAAAGGGGUGGAGCUCGGUGGGGUGGGCAGGCCCAGAAGAUACUGCCAUAGAUCUAUCACGAAGACCAGGAAGAGAGGAGUAAAUUAAUUAACACGUUUUCAGCUCAAGGCGUUGAAACGCGUCGGGUCUGAUGUAUGAAGCGUUGGAAUAAACACUAAGUCUGCCCAGAUGCAUUUUCCGUCUGGCACAGGAUAACACAUCAUGUUCUGAAGCGUCAAAAGCAUCACAAACAGAUGGGAAUAGAAACCCACCUCCCCCUUGCUCUUCUCUGCAAUGUUUUUAUGGAAUUAUGUGUAUGAGCAUACAUCUCUCCCUGGGAGUCCUUUUUGAAUGGGUAUUCAGUACCCCACCUCAUAGUCUCUGCAUAACUGCAGCUGACUCCAUACUUCUCUCCUCUCGAGAGGGAAGCGUGCAAUCAUCUUGAUAGCCUCACAUGUUUAAUUUAUCCCCGCAUUCACGAUUAUUGCUACACAAUCGGUACGGUUUGGAAAUGAUCCAAUUUAUCAAACACAGACACAAGUGGGCGAGCAGCCGGGGGUGGGGAGGAGCUGUUUAUCAUAUCAAAAGAGGCUGGUAUUUUUGGAAGGCUUCGUAAUUAGAGAACCAACAGCAACAAGAAAGGAGCACAUAGUCAUUAUAUCAAACAGAAGCAAUAACUUAAUGGAUACAUACAUCCAUGUUAAUUGACACAUCAAACAGCAUAUGUAAAUUACGUCUAAAAAAUUAGUUCGGUUGAGUAAAUCGUGAUUUUGCUCCGAUGCAUCAACAUGAUAGGUCAGUGGUCACCAACCUUUUCUGUGCUGAGACCACUUUCUGUGUCAAAUGCAGGCCGAGAUCUACCGCUCAGAAUGAAAAGAAAAACAUGACUUAAUAUACGUAAGACUAUGCAAAAUGAACCUGUGAAAUUGUGAAAAUGAUGAUAAUGCCCUUUUAGUGUAAGAACUGUUUGAAAAGACCAUCUGAAAUUUCAGCCUGAUUUGGUGGAUGGAGUUUUAGCCUGCCUGGUGACAUCACCAGGCGGUAAGUUAGUUAAUAGACCAAUAAGAAAGACAGUUCCAAACCUCUCUGCCAAUAACAGCUAGUUCUUAGUUUUCCCCUCCCUACUCAGACCACUCCCAGACAGUCCUAGCAAAAUUCUUGCUUGAGAAAUUGCACUUUGCUAAGAACCUUUUUUUCUUUUUUUUUUUUCUUUUUUUUUGUAAACAAUCCAAGUAAAGUACUUAAUUAUUACACAAAAAUUAUUUGAUGUUGAGAUAAAAAUGGCUGCAUUGGACCUUUAAAAACAGUUCUGUAGCAUUGAGGUUUGUGCAGUAGGCUAUAGGCUCAUACAUUAUCACAAUACAUUACUCAUGCGUAUUGGCAAUUCUUGAAUUGACCUGCUAAUGAUGUUCUUCUCAGACCAUUUUAAAAUUAUAUUUCAAAACACAAGGUAUAUGAUCACACUAGUAAUAUAUCAUUUGUUGUAUUACUUGUGAGAGAGAAAGAGCGUGUGAGUGAGAGAGCGCAGCAGAGAGGCUGCCUCUCACCGUCCCUCAGUUCUUCCUCCCUCCGCUGACUGACUAAAAAGGGGUCACCAUAAUCCAGCUGAUGGCGAAAUUCGAAACCAGAGAACGUGAACUAGGCCUACUAUUCUAUAUUAGAAAGACACAAGCCGCUAAUAAAAAUGCAAGUCUAUCGAUACACUUUGUAGUGUGAGUGGAUAGGGAGCGGACAUUUUAUGUCUUAUAAAAGUGUUGAAUAAAGUGUUGACAGUGCUGAAUAAAAUCUUAAACAUGAACUCACUCAUAAAAACAGCAGCUCUUUGCUGUAUUCGUUGACAGUCUCUCUAGUCAUGGUUUUUAAAGUUUUGAAAUCUCACUCAGUACAGUUGACUAUCAACUUCGCUGUGGGCUCGUGGAAGAUGCGGAGUGCAGACAAAGUGAUCUGAGCUAUCUAGUUGGUCUAUAGGUGCACUUGAUUUGAUCUCCGGGCCCCACCGGGUAGGCGGCGUUUGUACCUUUAGACGCACGAAAUGGUUCAAAAUGGGAACACUUUGACUACCUGGCGCACAGGGCAGCUGAAUCAAGUACACCUACCACAAACAGCGCGAAACGAAUAUAAAAAUCGGAACGCAAGGCUUUAUCGUUGGGCUUUUUACAGGAAUGUUUGGCGAUCAACUAGGAAAGCCUUGGAGAUCGACCAUUCGAUCGCUAUCGACCCGUUGGUGACCACUGUGAUAGAUAGUGUUGGAGUUGAAGAUACUGCAUUCAUAGAAAGAUUGCCUGUUGAAACUAUAUUAGUGAAGUUAUUCAACUGGAUAACUGAUAUUUAAAGGUUCUCUUUCAGGAAAUUAUAAUGUCGGCCUUUUUGUUCCCUGUACGGUCAAAGGAGUAGAAAACCCAGCAGGAACCUGAUGUAGGUUAUAGUUCUAGGCAUUAAUAAAUGUGGUAAGACAAUAGCACAGAUAUAUCGCCUCUGUAUCAUUCCCAUCAUGCCCUUGCUGGCCAAUUAGCAUACAACACAUAACACAUACUGUAACUGUUAGCCCAUUCCCAACAUGUCAUCAUUAGCACAGUGCUUGAUACACUUAGUACAGGAUGCAUAACAGAGCUGUACUCAAUCCUCAACGUUAGCUAUCAUAAUUAGUCAUACAUCAUCCAACUCCUGCCAUUUCCUUAAGUCCUAUACCUCUCCAUUCAGAAUUGGUUGCGGUUCGUUUUCAGACGUAUAAUUGAGACUUUCCUUGACACUGUUUGUCAAAGACGAGAGUCAUAUGUCGUUAGAGAAGUGGUUUAUCUCCAUCGCUUUCUUUCUUUCCCUCUCUCUCUCUCUCUUCCUCGCUCUGACAGAUUCAGAGCACUGCGAGAGAACAGUGUAGGCUACUGCGUCGGCAGAACUAAUUGGCGUGCAUUUCCGCCUCAGAUGAAAGAUGUUUUCCGAAGAUAUUUACGCACUCUGGCAUUGGUACACUGCACAGUUGAAUCGGGAAUGUCACAGAGCACAUGUUAGGAUCUCGAUAUAUGCUCUGAAUCUGAAGAGAGAAAACUCUUAGGUGUUGCGGUGUUGCGAACAUAACAUAUAAACAGGAGCUUAUUGCAAAUAUGUUCGCAACUGGAUACCGUAACUCAAAAUAUUUCAAUAUUUCACAAAAUGAAGCAAUUUUCCCCCCAAAAGUCAGUCAGUUUUUCCUCACUAACGGCUGUGCAGAAUCCAACCCACAUCCAAACUACAGUACCUCCUGCUCCUUCAUAUAAAUCGUUGUAUUGUCUAGCGACAGUUAGUCACAUUGCUCAAAGUCAAAGGUUUAUUCAGAACUAAUCUGGGAGCAGAUUAGUCACACAGACCAAGGCAUCAGUCACUGCCACAUAGUCCAGGGGUGACAUUUGGACAAAUAGAAUCGGAGUCUCUGUGCUCACAAACCUCCGCUUAUGUUCAAAGGCAGUAAAGCAGAAAGAGCCGGUAUAGUGCGAAGGGACUACAAUGAGCUCUGUAAUGGGGACUACCAUCCACGCAGAUGUUUAAUUUGAGGUUGUUUCUGCCAGGGAAUUGUCUAUGCGGGAAAGUUGAAUGCAAAGAAUUUCAAUGGACAAAAUGCAUGUGAGAUCUAGAACAUUUACACAACGUAAUACAGUAACCCUGAAAUGUUACCAACCAAAAGCUUUCAUAGCAUAUUCAAAUCAAAUUCGGGUAAAGCAGAAAAACCUGGUAUACUUCGGUAUUAACAUGUCUUAAUCUGUCAAGAGUGGUGAUUUGAUCAUGUUCAGGUCCGUUAUUGAAGUGUUAUGUCUUUGCUUUGAAUCUGUCUAUGCUUAAACAUACUGUACUGUUGCACACUCAGCUGAUCAUGUCUUGAAUGUGAGCACACCAAUGCUAACAAUGCUAAAUGGCCGUUUAUCCCAUUGAGAAAAAAACCCCAUUAUUGACCUACCUCACUGCUGCCGUCUUGAUAACCAUGGUCAUGUCAGUCUGUUUCAAGCUUUGCUACGUCUGUAGCGCAACUGUUUAACAACUCACUCUAAUGAGCGUGUGAAUGUUUAUUGCUGUCAUUGCCUCGGCUGCAUCUGCCUGACUGACAUGUCUCUCUCUCUUUUUCUUUCUCCCUCUAUUUCCUAUCUCUCUCUCCCUCCCUCUGUCUCUAUCUGGCUGCUCCAGGGGCUAUGGCUAACCAUCUUAUAACUAACGCUCUCCUCCGUCCCCAUGGCACUAACAAUCCUUAUAACACAUUACUCGGGGAAUCGGCCGUCUAUAACAACCCGUCAGUGGGCAUGUACAACACGCAAGGUGUGCUAGCCUUCUUUUCAUUCCAUCAUGAAUGUCGCUAGACCUUACUUGUUUGCUACCCAAAAAAUGCUUUAUCCCGAAAAGACCUGCACCUUUUCAUUUUCUUUUUUUCGCUGGAGGCUUAUGGUGGGAGUGGGUGUAUGGUGGCUUCCCAUUUGGGAAUCAUUUUGUCACACUCCAAACCUAUUCAUGUGCCUGCAUGCAUAAUUCACUGUGGGGAAAUGGUGCGACAAACACUAAACAAUUGGGAAGGGACAUUGGUGCGCCAAUUGGGAGCUGAAUACACCACCAGUCACUUGUUAAGGUUUUGCUGCACUGUUGUCCUGUGUGUCUACAGUCUUAUGUCUGUUGUUUUCUAAGUGUUGAUGGUAGUUGGUUAAAUGAACAUCUUUCUGUUAGUCCUCCCAAUCUAUGAUUCUAAUAUGAACAAUACAAAGCUGAGCUACUGAUGGACUAGCAUAAACAACAUAACUGUUAUGCCUCUGGGCCCCUUUCCAAUAAGACAACAUGAUGUUAUAAAAUGUUGGCAAUGUUUAUGACUGUAUAUAUAAUCCGACUGAACAUUCCCAAUGAUGUAAAUGGCCAGUAUUGCAUUGGACUUAUGUGCCUUAAAAUCUGCAAAGAAGUCUGUUUGCACAACCAACAAAAAACAACAUCAAUGCACUACGACAAAACAAGACAUUCUUCUACCAAAGCUGCCCAUUAUAUUAAAAGUUCAUGUGUCAGGCAAAAUGUGUCACAUCUGAAAAUGGGACUCAACUUUAUUUAAUCAGAUCAAUAACUCCAGCAGCCAAUACCGUAUCAAUGAGUUUAACUGAUCCAAAAUAGUACUCAAUAGUAAUACAUAAUACUCACAUAGUACUCACUGGAUCAAUAUGACAAUAUCAAUAAAGUGAUGCAUGUGAACCAAUCCAUUAUCUAAAAUCUUGCUAAUAUCUUACACAUUCUACUAGUCUGUCAUGACUUGUUGCAUGUCAGUUGAAUAUAAUGUUUUUUUCCCAAAUGUUACCACAGGAAAUGCAUGUAGGUUGUGUAGGUGUGAUUUUAACACCUGAGCUGUAAAGUUAAAGGGGAAGUGUAGGAUUUUACAACUUGUUGUCAGGUGGUUGCUCAUGGUUUGGUUUUAUCUGAACAGACACUACAAACUUCAGCAAACUUCUAUGCAAAAUAAAUCUAUGCAUGAUAGAGGCAUGUGCUCAAGUGUUUGUUGGCAAUGGAGAUCACUAACAUGUUAUAACAAGAUUAAUACAUCAUAUAUGUAAACUCAUCCCCCCCCCCCCCCCUUGAAUAUACUGUGAUCCUAGUUUCUUAGAAAGGUUUACCAAGUAUGCAUGGUGACAUGACGCACGGGAUGUAAUUUCUGGAAGCAUCAUCAACCCUGUGUGCACAUCUCUUCUACCUGCCACUGUUAUGCUUACUUGUGUUUUUUCUUUGUCUUUUCUUUUCCUCAUGCUGUCCCUAAAAGUGCCCUACAGAGAGACAAGUAUGGGAGUCAAACUAAACAUUGCUUACCAAAUGUAAUUGACCUUAGCUUUACUUUCUUUUCACUCUAUGCUGACGAAGGAGUAUGAGAAUACAGUCAUCUUAUUUGGAAGUAGAAAUCCAAUUUCAAAAACACAGGUCUUCCUUUGACAAAUAGAAAUGUGAGAGUCAAUCUAAAUUAAUGUGUGAAUACUAUUGUUCACUGAACAAUGUUCAAUGCACUGUUCAAAAUGUCAGACGUUCCUCCGAAAUGAUUAACCUCUUCUGGAGAAUAUCCGUCAAAUAUAUUCAGAUAGGAGAUGCUUUGAAAGAACUUCAUAUGUUCUGCAAAAUGACCAGCCCAAGGUGCAUCCAUUUGAUAUCAUAAGAUGUCAUUGUCACUUAUAGUUGACAUAAUUGUAAUCCAUAAUGUAAGAUUAAAUUGGCCAAAGUAGCCGACAUGCUCAUGGUCCCAAGAUAUCGGAUUCAUCUGAGAAGUCGGCCAAUCUUGGUACUUGGUAACCACCAGCAUAGUUUUAUGUUGUACAUUCAUAUUUGAACUGCAAAAAAAAGUAGGGGAAGAGGCUUAACUUUAGACACAUUUUAACUAGCCUGAUGACCUUGUGUGAGGCUGAAUGUUGACAUCUCCGUGGACAUUUUACAAUUGGGAAUCCAUACUUUCUCUGCAUGAGAGAACAGAAAGUCCUUUCCUAACGUAUAACUGUCAAGUUUACCCUCAUCGUCAUACCCUCUAUGGCAGCAUUUCCCGAACUCGGUCCUGGGGACCCGAAGGGGUGCACGUUAUGUUUUUUGCCCUAUCACUACACAGCUGAUUCAAAUAAUCAAAGCUUGGUGAUGAGUUGAUUAUUUGAAUCAGCUGUGUAGUGCUAGGACAAAAGCUAAAAUGUGCACCCAUUUGGGUCCCCAGGACCGAGUUUGGGAAACCCUGCUCUUUGGACUAUAUUUAACUUUAUAUGUUAUUCUAUGGCCAACUCAAUUUAAAGAUUAAGCUUUCUUAAAGGUAGACACAGCAGUAUGACAUCAUCAUGCUUACAGACAUCAACAACAUAAUUUAAAUCUGCCAAGACUGCUACGAUUGGCUCUUCCCAAUUUGCCCCAUCCCCAAUCCCCAUUGCCCACAUUGUGGCAGAUUUAAAUGCUGUUUUUAUUGAUGGCUGUAGACAGCAAGUUCCCCCGCAGUAUAUAAUUAUGGCAUAUUGCUGAGUGAACCUUUAAAUAGGGGCCAAUAUGACUGGGGUCCAGAGAUGUAGGUUGUGUAUCUCGCUCUUAAAAUGAAAUGCAUGGCUGUGGUUUGUUGUCGUUGAGUGUAUGUGCAUAAAGCUUUACAUGUUGUCGAUUGUCACACAUUUAUAAGUGUUCUCAUCUUUGGACAAAGUUAUUCACAACUACAACACAAGCCAAACAUAGAAUUAUGAAAGAAAUGUAAUUGCAUUACAAGUACGAUGUGAAUAUAUCAUUUUACUCUGAAUUUGUGUUUUGUGUGUGUAAAAAGGUAAGUAUAUCUACAAUUGACUGACUAUGUUAAAGCAUUUAGACAAUCUUGCCAUUUGUAGACAUACCAUAUAUACACAACACAAAAUUCUAGUGAAAAGGUUAAACUAAAUAUCACAAUCUGUGAGCCACUCUAAAGGUUGCACCUCACAUUAAAAGAAAGCAGAGUUAUUGGCGGGCCUAAUGUGUGCGUGAACACGUCCAAGCGGAUGACAUUUAGCCAUUCUAAUGAGCGACAGCUAUUUCCAUCCCUCUCAUAUGAGCUUCUCUCCUCUAUUCCUCUUUGUUCUCCAGAGGGAAUCCUGAACAAUGCCCGGGAUACAAGUGUCAUGGAUACUCUACCACUGAAUGGUAACCAUGGCUACAGCAUCGCCAGCGCCGAGUACAUGAGCGACUGCGUCCAGAUCAUCGACCGGGGCUACAACCAUAAGGAGACUACGCUGGAGAAGAAGAUCCUGAAAGAGCUGACAUCCAACUACAUCCCCUCCUACCUGAACAACCACGACCGCUCGGCCGAGCAAAACCGCAACCUCAUGAACAAGCUGGUGAACAACAUGAGCAACGGAGGCAAGGAUGUUGGCCUUGGGGGGAUGGGGAUGAACGUGACGUUGGACUUGGAUGAUCAUUCUUCCUUCCCUCCGCACCUCCAUGAUGAAGGUCUGGGCCUGGAGUUGAUUCGGGAAGAGUCCAACGCCCCCCUUCUGCCCCAGAGACCCCCUUUGCUGCCGCCCGUGGACAACCUCCACCACAACCACCUCCACAACCAGGGCCCGCCGCACCAGCCUCCGCUCCCCCACCACCACCACCCAGCCUUCUCCUCGGCCACCACCACCUCGUCCUCGUCCCGCCGGCGGAUCCCGCAGGAGAACAGCGAGAGCUUCUUCCCCUUGCUCACCAACGAGCAUACCCUGGAUGUGGAGCCCACUUCCCCCAGCCGCCACCCCCACCACCUGCACCAUAACAGGGACUCCCUCUACACCAGCAUGCCCGUGCUGGCAGGCCUACCGGAUACCAUAGACACCGGCACCACCACCACUACCGCCCCCCUCGCCGAUAAAGAUGCCGGAGAGGGCCACCUGGCAGCGGGCAAGAGCCCCGAGGCCAGCCAGGACGAUGUCUACUACAAGAGCAUGCCUAACCUGGGCUCACGUAACCAGCUGCACUCCUACUACCAACUAGGGAGGGGCAGCAGCGACGGGUUCAUCGUGCCCCCCAACAAGGAGGAUCUGUCCCCUGAAGAGGCCCCCCAGGAGCCCUCGCACCUCGUCACCAGCCUAUAG